GCGGUCCUCUUCCAGCAGGUUCACACAGCUCUCAGCAUACAGUGACUGCAGGUGGCUGGGGACAUGAUCAGGAGCUGCUGUGACUUUGGAGGGGCAGGUCCCUGCCUCCUCUAGCAUGUUGGCGGGCUGGGGGACACCGGCAACAGUCCCUCUUUUUAGUAGAUUGGGUGUGGUGCCGGAGUUGAAAACUGAUGGGGAUACCAGCUGCCUGUCGUGUCUGCACAACAGCAUGGGCUACAAGCACAUGGUGUCUUUUGACGAUGCUCUCAGCAGGGCUUAGCAUGGGCUCACCAGCACCAGUGGGAUGGAGGUGUGUGGUGCCAGGCACAAUGUACUCAUGCCCUGGCUCAAGCACGGUCCACUUUAACAAGGUGCACCUUAAGUCCUGAACUGGUGACGACACGAGGCAAAGAUUUUUACUCCAUAAAUUACCACCUGCACACACAUUUCCUCCUCCUCUUGGCUUCUAAGACUCACGGUCACAGUGUUUGGGGCAGGUACUGGGGCCUGUACAGGAGCUGGCAUGACAUUGGCUGCAGUCCGUUUGGGCUGGCGAGGGGAGGGGCAAUUUUUCUGAAAAUGUCCAAUGCCAGAACAGUUGUGGCAAACAAUGUCUAAGACUAUUUUUUUUAGGGCUGUCAGUUUUGUGGGGUCACCCCUGCCGGAGAGAUCUUGGUUGGUCAGUGUGCCCUAUGGCCACUCUCUCUGGCUCCCCUGAGUGGGGCCCACUAUCAUCUUCGUGUAUUGUAGCUGCUCUUGUUUUCCUUUCAUUAGCAUUAGCAUUAGCAGCACCUGACUGCAUUAGCUGUGCAACUGUCUGUGCGGCCCUUUUGGUGGUUUCAUACCUGCGAGCUAUGUUGUAGGCUUCCGCCGGGGUGCGCAGCUUUUCCUCCAGGAGUUUCUGCACCAGCUCAGCGUCGGCCAGGGCAUUGGUAAAUAUCUUCACACCAAAUUCACUUUGCUCUAACUCUCCAUGGUCAGCAUAUGCAAUUUAAACUUUUUCAUAAAUGUGAUCUCUCAGUGUGUGCAGGCUUUCACCGGGUUUUCUGGUUCUUUGUCUCAGUUCUAUGCCAACAGAUGCAGCAUACCCUGAACAGGGUCCAUAGACAGCCUCAAACUCCUCCACAAUGCGCUGAUAACUCCACUGAGCCGACCGUUGAGUUUUGUGGAUGAUUGCCACAGCUGCCCUAGUCAAGCUGAACAUUAGCUGCACAGCCAUAAUCUUUUCACUCCAGUGAUUGGCUUUAGCACAACUCUCAGACUCGUAGAUGAAGUCUUUCCAUGCACCAGUCCCAUCAAACUGACCUGGCCGCAGUGUGGGGAUCCUCUCUCUCAGUCCAGAUGGUUGUGUCAGUGUGAGCUCAGAGUCUUUUUCAGCUCCUUACACCCCGGCACAUCCACUGCACAUUAAAUCCAGCUUCAUUCUGAUUUCUCUCUCUCUUCAGACAAUCCUGGACAAGUCCCCAGUGUUACUAAACUUGAGCUGGCAGACCCUCGAACCGUAAUAGAUGGACCACCCUUGGACAGCUCUCUUUUUAGCUUGUUGAGGUAAUAUAAAAAUGAUUGGGACCACGUUGGAAGAACUGCCAUUUUAUUUUCCAGCACUUCUGUACAUAUGAUCCAGCACUUGUGGCUACGGAGUCAGUUUCACAGUAUGCCUGCCUGAUCGAACCCCGAACACAAAUAUACAGAAUGCCCUGCUGACGUAGCCACGUAAUCCCUAGCCCCUCCCACAUAAUACAGUCACAGGCUGAGCCUGUAACACUGUGCUGUAAAACUUUACAGCAACUCUGGGCCCUGUUGUCAUGGUAACGGGUUAUACGAGCGUGGGGUGGAGAUGGGUGGUGGUGGUGGUGAGGCACCCUUGGCACAAGUGGGUGCGUGUGUACGUGUGUCUGUGUGUGUGUAUAUGUGUGGGUGACUUUUCUGUUUAUAAUUUAAGGGAAAGUGGGAAAUAAGGUGUGUGUGUGCGUGUGUGUAAGAGCGAUAAAGAGAAAUCACUAUAGUAUCACUUUUGAAAGCAGACAGCUCCUCUCUAAAGCUUGUUACACACACACACACACACACGCACACACACACACACACACACACACACACACACACACACACACACACACACACACACACACACACACACGUAUAGGUCCCACAGGGCUGAUUUUUGUCAAAUACGAAUUACCAUCCACAGUGAUAUUGGGAAUUUAUUUUAUCAUACUUUAUAGAUCAUAGUUUUAAUUUGAAAUGAAUAGAAGCAAAAUUAGAAAAAAUAGACUGACUAUUUCAUCUUAGCACUGACUGUAAAAUAUGGAACAACUGUGUAGGUGGACUGUAUUUGACCUAGCCUAUUCUUUAAAAACAGUUGGUCUUGGUUUUUUAAUCGAGUUACCGAGUUAAAAGACUUCAAUUUUGCUCCUCCCUCUGUUAGAAUUUACUGAAACCUGAACAUGUACUGUGGCGGUAACAAAGAUAGAUCUGCUGGACCGGGUGAGACAAAGACUGAAAGCCUAUAACAUCACUGAUAACAGCCGUCAUGCUUUCCUCUUACUGACCAAUCCCCUUCGAUUUAACCGAGUUCCUGUUUGUGCUCUGAUCCAAUCAGUGGAGCGGUUGCAUGUGCACUGGUCAACACACUGGGAAGAAGCUGGCUAGAGUUAAGAUGGCGGCAUGUGUGUGAUGAACCUGGGACCUAAGUUUAGGUUUUUCGCCAUUACACGAGUGCUAUGAAUCCUCAUAGACAGAAAGAUUGAAAGAGCAACAAUUCCCACAUUUUUAUAGGCAAGCCGGUGACUUUUGAUUGACCCCAUGACAUCUAUACACUUCGUGGUCCACCCGUUGCCCGGGACCGAGGACCAGCUCAAUGACAGGUACGUCGGCCCACAGUAAGGCUGAAUAAUCAUAUGUGGCUGUGUGCUGGUGUGAUAUACAGGGUUAGAGAUGGCGUUUGUGAUCGUUCUGAAGGCUGGCUCGUGUUUGUGUCUUGGUUCAUUUGAAAGACUCUCAGUCGGUGAAUCCAGGCCCAGCACUAGUAUCAGGUCCCCGUUAGCCUCCUGCUAGCUGCCUGAAUUAUCGGUCCAACUGCUAACUAGCUAAGGGGAGCUAGCUAGCUGUUUCCUCGGCUCUCCGGAAGGAUUGGCUCACAGUCAAACCUGAGAUAGACAAUGCGGGUUGGGGGAUGGGGAAAAGGAGGGAAAGAGGAGCCGUGAAAAUACGGUUGUCGGAGUUAUUACCACGUUUUUGUCGUAUUCACAGGGUUAUGGUUUUGUUAAGUCCCUCUGACGAUGGAGGAAGUUCUUGUUUAUCGUUGUCGAGGAAGAACUGCUAGCCCAUUGCGGCUAACCUAGAGCUAGUAACGAGCAGGCGAACCCGCGGCCAGGCUCCUUAAGCAGACCUGUUUCUGUGUCCCAGGGGGGAGUAUGUAUUUGAAUACAGAUGCCACAGUCAGUAAUGUAACUUUGUCGGUGUUAGGUAUUGUGGACUGAAGCCAUAACCACCCUUAAUGUAUAGAGCGGCAUUGAGACCAGCAUUUCAGUUAAUCCUGUGAUCCACUUUGGUCAGGAGUCCAGGCGUUGGGAGGGUGUCCUAUCUCAGGUUAUACCUCCGUAAUACCUGGACACAACAUUACUAACAGUAAAUCUGGGCAAUUUCAAGAACUGUGCUGUGAGGGAAAGCAUCAUCCUUUAUGAAUUUAUUGUUUAAAUACAUUCUUCUAUUGUAACCCAGUUCAGAAUAAGGCCACAUUUUACACAAAAGACAAUGUUGUUUAAAAUAUAUAUGUUUUUUAAGGGAACUUUGGGAGUAGACAGUCCAUCAAGCACUUUAUUUUGCAUAUAUUUUAAUACUUGAAAUUAUCACAAGAUUCUAUUUCUUUUUUAUUAUUAAAUAAUUACUUUGUAGCUAUCACUUAUAGUGGUCUGCUCAUCCCUGUUAAAAAUUAGGGGUAGGGUCACCCAUAGUGCAUACUCUCACCUUACAGAGUCAUGAUCAGAUUAAUGCAUUAUUGUGAAGUAAGCUCCAAAUGUUUAUAUUAUAAUGGGAAGAAUUUUGCAAAGUUGAUGUACCAUAGACUAGGGUUGUCCUAAUAAUGCAAUUUGACAUUGAUACAGAUUCAAGCAGAGUGUUUUGAUUCCUAAUACUGACCUGAUAGAUGAAACUAGCAGGAUGCAACACUUAGAUUUCAAGAUUUAUCAACAAAUUGAGAUUCUGCCAAAAGGCAAAUUUCUUCUUAAAGUACUUGAUUAAGAACAUAAUCAUGGUCAGUAUUAUUUCCACAUAUGUGGGGGUGUGCCUAUUUACUGGGUGCAUUCCCUGAUACCACAGAGCCACCCUAGAAGAAGCCACAAGCAACAAAAGGUAGUAGCCCAAUGUUAUUUGGCUGGUCAACCCUUUCAAUAAGAAUGCAUAUGAGACCCUUAAACAUCUGUAGCUUUAUCUAUGAGUCAUUAUGGACUGCACACGUUUUAAUCUGGUUGGUAAGAGUGACGUAAGGCUGCUGGAUUACAAGUAAAAAUCAAAAUCAUGAUCAUUCUUGUGGCUGUGUCUUUUAAGAUAAUUGGUCUAAAUAUCCCUGAUUUAAUACCUGUAUCUCAUAUAUUUAUGGGAGUAAAAAACAGUUGAGAAAUUCUGAGCUUUUUUAAGAACAGAAGCAAAAAAAAAUCACUUAAACUUUGUUUUCCAGCACGUCGAUCUUUCUGCCUUGAAAAUUAUCUCUGACAGUGCAAAAAGGGUCCAUGCUUUAACUUUUCACUUCACUCCCUGCUCUCCUCUCUCUACCUGUGUGUGCAUGAUAUUUUGUGCUACUGCAGCACAACAUGUUGAAGAUACAGCUGUCCAGGUUUCACUCAUGCAGCAUCCACAGCUUCCCGCAUGCUGAAACCGUGUUGCACAUCAAUCUGAGCUAAUAAUAACUGAGAGUGAGAGCUAUUUGUGGGAGGGGGCACAGCACAUGCUUUGCUGUAAAGGCAGAGGGGGAGGUGCGUGUCAUUUGUCUUCCAGGACUAAAGAAGUGCAGUAGGGCAGGUGGCACAGUAAUUGUCCAGUCAUGAUGAUCAGAUUUUUCUAAUCUUGGGGGGCCAUAACUGUAAUUUAGGUUUAAUAUAGAUUAAUCACGAGCCACUCAUGACUUUAAGUCUGUAGAAUAUGUAGAACUAAACAUAACAUCUUGCAACACAUGUACACCAAUCAACAUUUCCACAGCACUCCACUCUGAGAAGCGACAGGUAGGUUUAGCUUGACAAACUCAACUAUCAAAUUACUAACAAACUACUCCAGCUAGUGUGUUGUGUUUAGGUUUUUAGCUCAAAUGUCUGUUUGUGUUAGCUCACACCACCGCCAUAGGAGUAUAUUUCGCCAGCUUCACAAAUGAUGCAUUCCAGCAGUGGAGCAUGAUGUUUAAGGCUCUGCUGUCAAGGUAUACUCUAGAGGUUGACCAAUUACAGUUUUUAGUGGCUGAUACCGUUUAUGUGAGAGCAGGUGGUCAAUAUAGACUGCUGAUAUCACAUUGUGUUGGAUUUUUUGUUUGAUUAUCGUCUAAUAUACACGAUGUUUGUAUAUAUUUUACAUGUUUUCACUGAGAAAAGAUGAUAGUGUAAUUGGCUUUGUAAGGGCCGACGCUGCUAUGAUGCUGAUUAUGUCAAUGACAAUAAUUGGUUGAUCCUGGUCUUCACACAGGCUGAGAAAUGGAUACAGAAAUUGCCUCUAUCUCCCAUAGGUUUAACAAAAUAAGGACAAUUGCAAAGUAUUUCCUGUGACCAGAUUAGGAUUUCACAGUUAUCAUAGUUAACCUGCAACCAACGUGAUUUAUGCCAACUUUUUGUCCUAUGCAAGUCACUUUUUUGACCAAAUAAUUGUCCUGACAUAGCAUCAUGUUUGAUGAACUGAGCUAUGUAAAACCUGACCUCACAGACAACUCCUCAGGUAAAGUUUUAUUGACAGAUAGUGAUAGUCUGUCAAACUCUGGUGACCCCAUUGGGCCAAUCAAUUUAGCAUACUGACUUUUUUUUAUUGUCUGUUAUAAGCACGCAAAGUUGUUCUGGUUUGAGGGUAGGGUAAGAGAGAUGGUGGGCUGAAGGGCCAGAAAUCCAGAUUGGUAUGAUGCUGACCAGUAACUCGUAGAAGUCCGCUGACAGUUAAAGAUUUAUUGGCAUUCAUGAACUUAAAUGAACUUACUCACAAACCUACAAUCAGACUCAGGUUUUUGCUGCAUUCAUGAUAUUUGAUACUGGGAACUUGUUUUGUGUAAAUCGGCACAUAAAUUUACCAACAUUUCAUGAAUGAGACCCAGUGUUUGUUGGCGCAGCAUGCCCUGGCUCUGUGUAACAGGCCUGGCCGUUGUUGGUAGUGGCUGAUCAGAAUGGUGUCUGGUCAUGUGUGGACGAAGGUUAGUGUUGUUGCUGCAGUAUUUUAUCUUUAAUACUUCUGUAAACUCUUAAGUUUCUGUACCCCAGGCCACAUGGUUUGGCUCCUACUGUCUUCUUUUAUCUUUAUUUUGUGCUGCACCGUGGAAUUGUGUUUUUCAAAACUGCCCCCACAAAAUUUGUGACCAUAUGGACUCUGUAACAUGUGCAUGUGCUGAUGGCUAAUAACUACUGAAGCUGGUUUUUGAGAGCCAAAAUAGUACUUUUGGGAGCUGAAAGAGCUGUUUCUUGUUAAGUCAAAUGAUCUGAAUCCCUAAAAAGGGCUGAAAUUCUCAUCAGCAGGAGCACGCUUAAGAUGUUUUCCUGAGAAAGAGAUAGAAUUGAAACCCUACACUUAAACAGCAAGAAGGAAAGAGCACAUAGCCAUGUAAUCUGUGGAGCUUUGAGGAUUUGAUGUGUUUUGACUGAAUUAUUAGUUGAACUUGAGUUGUGAAUACAACUAUAGAAACGUUUGAGUAUCCCUCUCUCCCCUGUCAAACCCUACAUGUAGCUGCCCCUGUCUUUGUUCAGUUUGACCUGAUAAAAAUGGUCAGCAUGGAGAUUAAGUCAGAUGACUAAUUUAAGGUCUACCAAGAGUGUAUGAUGAGCAGCUCUUUUCAUGUAGUAACAAUGGUUUAUCUUUCUUCUGUGCAGUGUGAAACUAUCAGAAAUGUCUUAUUGAGGCUUUAAGAUUUUGACAAACAACAGUCAGUGGGAUGGCAGUAAAUACAGUUGGUAUAGUGUGAGUUUUUUCUUGGCUUCCUGGAUCGGACUCCCCUGAAUACCUCAGUCAAUUCUCUGAAGCUGUGUUCAACCAUGUCCACUUCAUUUCAAGCGUCAACUAGCUUUAAAUCUCAUGGCUGUGGCUAUGAUAAUUAGGUAUGAGGAUCAGUAAUUUUUAUCAAUACUGAUAUCGUAGGUGAGACUUGGAAAUGAUUUGAGUUCUAUCGGUACCGCUAAUGAGUCUUUUCUAUUAUUGUGUUACUCACUAACGAAUUUGUUCCAGCCUUUUAGUUUUUGCUCAAACUAAUUGUUUUUGUCUAGACUGAACAUUUAAUGUUGACUGAUCCCAUCAGUGUGUCCGGAGUGACAUGGGCCAGUAGAUUCUGACUGUAUGCUAACCAUAAUAUCAGUCUAUCACGUUAUCGGGGUGCUGUGAUAACAGCUCGUAAUAAAGCAUAUUUUGAAAUGUAUGGGACUGCAGAUAAAAAUCAACUUUUUUAUUGAACACAAUCUGUUUUCUUCUGAAACACCAUAUGGAGUAUUUGGAUAAUGUUAAGCAGUGGAUGGCGACGUGGCCUCAGGUUAUAUCACAAUAUUUCAAGAAAAUUUACUGAGCAGCAUUUAAGAGUAGGUGUCAGCCUGCUGGCAGGAGCAUUUAUCAGUGCAAACAGAUUGUUGGAUAUUUUCAUCAAAGUAUCAGGAGGCAUUAUGAAGUAGUGACAGAGGCAGAUUGGGGGGAGAAAAGGGGGCAGUGGGUAGAGUUGGAGUAUAGUGUUGGAGCUGGCAGCGUAACAUACAUAAUUAAAGGUUACACUAUAAAGACAGGGCAACAAAUCUGUGUCAGAGUUUCUGGUUAUUUUUUCCAUAUGUGUAGACAAGAUGUUUGACAAUAUGUAAACAGUGACUUUAUAUAUUUUCACAAUCCUCACAAAGACAUAAAUUAGGAGUUUUCAGGACAAAAAAUAAAUUGCCAUGUUGUACUGUAACCUAGCACAGUCCCUUUGUUUUUAUCAUCUGUGCUUGUUUCCUACCAUCCACCAAAUAUUUCAGCAGCAACAAUCAGCCAAACUCUCCCAUAAUAAUUGCUUUCCUGGUUUCCUGGGUGACCAGUCCUGCCCCAUCUAGUAUAUGAUUGAUUGGCUGGAGCAGAAGCAGCAGAAGCACCUAGUUGAACCAUUGAGGCUGAGAUGUUUCAGUCAUGACACCCUGAGCAGCUGAACAUUUGUUAAACAAACACUGCAUGGUCUGAAAAGGUGUCAGAGAAGUGAGAGAGAAAUGUUAUUACAGGGCUCCAGACUGCGACCAAAUGGUUGCAUUUUGAGACUAACAUCGGAGACAGUGCGAUAAAUUUUUCAUCUUCUCACGCAUGCGUGACCAGUAAAUUUGCCAGCUUUUUUCAUUUAUUAUUUUUUUGUUGCUGACAAACUUAUGCUCCACACUUCAGCCCACUAGUUGGCAGUAAUGCAAAAAAUGAGCUGGUUUGCCAACUCAAAAAGAAGAAGAAAGGAGACAAGAACAGAAGAAAAAGAAGAAGCCUGGCCAAUGUGUGUGAGAGCGGGGAGGCGAAUGACGACUGUGAUAGGUUAAUGUGUGAAAAGAGGCGAGUCUUUGGGGUUAUUGUGCGAAUCCACAGAUUUCACAUACCGGUAUCCUUUGUAAACAUUGGACAAUGGCGACGAAGAGGACUAUCAGUUCUUACUUUCUUCAUGGUAAAAAUAAUGUUCAGGAGAUAAAUCUUCUGCCAAAACUCAACCUCUGGCGGACCCAAACAGCAGGUUCAGACACACACUUGCAUUCGGAGAAAUAGGACAAUGGCUGAACAAGUGUGUGCAUUAGCAGAUUGCAAUGCUCUUAAGAAUGCUGAUUAUGAAACUAACUUUUAUCAUGUCCCUUAAGACAUUAGUGUCUGAGAGCUGAAUAGCUCCUAUGUAACCUGCUACUUCUACUACACCAGCAGUGUUAGGCUGCAAGCCAGUGUAAAGAGGGCUGUGCAGAGCAGUGCUGUCUCCGCCCACAACUCAGAGAUGAAUUGCUAAUGAGCUACUGGAGCUCUGCAGAAGAAAAGCCCUUGAAAAUGUAUUUUAUUUUAUUUUAUUUAAGCUUUAUUUAACCAGGAAUGUCCCAUUGAGAUUAAUAAACUCUUUUUCAAGGGAGUCCUGGCCAAGAGGCAGCAAAAAGUUACAGAUCAACAAUUGCAUACAAAAUAAUACAGGUAAUGCAAUUUUGGACUAAAACUUAAUAAUCUCAAUAUAAAGACCAUUGAGAACACUUCAAGCAGUUAAAAAAAACGAUCUGAGUGGGAUUUAAAGCUGUAUAACUGGUUUAUGUUGUCAAAACCAUUGCACUAUAAAAUGAGUUUAUAAGCUUGUAGUUUUUGCAUUUAUUGUCAAAGUCAGUAGUACAGUGUAUAUGAUAGGAAAACAUUACAAGUCGAUUUUGGUGUGCGCUCCCAAAUUUCCUGCCUGCGGCCCUAAAAUUUAGAGUUAGGGGCCACUGUGCUCCUAUUAAGAAAAGUUAGUCUGGAGCCCAUUUAUUAUUUACGAGUGUUUCCAAACUCUACAGGGAGCAUCAUUUCACUCCACAUAUAUUUAUCGUUGUUAUGCAUAUGUCAUAGGCUACUGUAAAGCCUUACAUCCACAGAGAAAAUGACAGAGAAAAUGAUUUUUUUUAUUGCUGCUGUUUAAUUGUUCAUUUCUGUCUGUAAAGCCUGCACAAGUGAUGCAGAACAGUCCUGUUAAUCACUAUUUUAAUGAUUUUAUCCUGAUCAGCUUGCCAUUGAUCCUAAUGUCAAUCUGGCAACAACCAGCCAAACUCUCCCAUAAUAGUUGCUUUCCUGGUUUCCUGGGUGACCAGUCCUGCCCCAUCUAGUAUAUUUUUGAUUGGCUGGAGCAGAAGCAGCAGAAGCACCUAGUUGAACCACUGAGGCUGAGAUGUUUCAGUCAUGACACCCUGAGCAGCUGAACAUUUGUUAAACAAACACUGCAUGGUCUGAAAGUCUGUGCAGCGUGCUUCUGAUCAAAGACUUUUUACCAUCUUUGUACAAAAGUUACAGUUUGAAGAUCUGCCUUAUCUUUUUGAGAAAAGCCAAAGCUGUGUUGUCUGGCUGUUUUCUGUGCCACCUUCACAGCCUGACAGCAUAAAGGACCCUCUAUAUUCUCUUAACUGCUGUCUUAACUUAACAGUUGCCUUUGUUACGAGGGGUGUUUCUGUGAAAGCAGAAAAAUCAGGUCUACACACCACCAGAGUGAAGACCUGAAAAAAUUCACCUUCUUCUGAUAUAAUUCAAGGUAAUAAACAUCUUAUAAAUGGAUUGCUUUAAACAUAACUUUGUCUCUGACAAGACACACAGCCAGAUAAGAUGAUGUUUGAGUUUUUCAUAACAAUGCCUCACCCUUGAGAAGAAUCCCAUGUAACAAAAAUUUAAAACAAAUAAAACCAACCAAAUUUAUAAAAAUUUUUUUUUUUAACAAAAAAACAAAAGCGAAACUGAAAAUUAAACUUGAAGUUAAAAAUGAACCAAAACUAAAGAGAAAACAAAAAGCCAAAAGUUAAUUAAAAUUUAAAGUCAUGAAAAUUGGAAACCUAUGACAAUCUUGAUUUGAAGUGCUGAAAUUGUGUCCUUGAACUGCACUCUUUGACUGCUAGAUUCUAUUCCUAUCAUCACCAGGACCAUCAGCAUGAAGAUCCAAGCACUGCACACUUGGACCACCAUGUUUCAGUGUUUGUGCUCAAUGAUGUCCUGUGCCAGUGAAAUAGAUCAUGACCUGAUGAAAUAUGAGAAUAUGUUCAGCAGCCACACACUAAACGCAAACGGACACAAGAGCCAGUGUGCACUGAUUUUGAUGGCUGUUGAAGUCCUGGCUGGAGUGGGACACUUGAAUAAUUCUGUCUGAUGUCAGACUGACAAUGUGGUGAUCACUUGAUGCAUUAUAAUCUAAGCUGAUUUCACAUCAAAAACAGGAGCUUCCACUGUGUCACCCACGCCAGUCAUUUGUUUUGGUGAAUGUGCUUGUAGCAGAGAGACGGCAGAGGUGACAGUGGAAUUGUGUCAGCUUGCUAGGAUUAUCUGUGGUUAGCCUGCAGAAGGACGCAAGUCUGUCACACUUUGUGUACAGCUGUUCCUGGGGAGCUACGAGACCGUGUUUUUGCACAGACAGAAACCAGCAGGAGGAGUGUGAGUAGGGAUGGGAAUCGAGAACCAGUUCUUGUUGAGAACCGGUUCCAAAUGGUUCAAUCCAUCGACAUUAUUUACAUUUCAUCUAAACAAUUCCUUUCUUCUGGGUGCCUUGAAAAACGGUCUCACGAGUGCCAUUCUAAACGAACGGGAACAGAGACAGGGAUAAAAAUAUAGCAGAUGGUACGAAAAGUAAGCAGAAACGAGCUAAAGCGUGGCUUAAUUUUACUAAGUAAGACGACAACAGUGCAACGUUUGCCGAGCAUGCAAAGGUGGAAACACCAGCAACAUGCUUAAACAUUUGUCAACGGGGUACAGCAUCAAAUACAAGGAGUCACAUGUAUUUGAUGCUCUCCGCUGGUUGUCAGCCGCUGCUGCUCUGUCUCAGCACGGCAUGGAAGGUUCAUAUAAUAGGAUGACCAUAUGUCCUCUUUACCCGGACAUGUCCUCCUUUGGGGGGCUGUCUGUGAGGAGUUUAUGAAAUCCUUCAAAUGUCCGGAAUAUGUAUCCAUUCAUUACAGAACAGUGCAGCGCAUCAGUGCUCUCUGCAGCUCUGCCCCUCCGCUCACUUCUAAGCAAAGUAGUAGUGUCCUUUUUUGGGGGGAUUCAGAAUAUAGUCACCUUAACAUACGUCCUGUGGUAACAUAAGCACAGUGCGUGUCAGGAAUGCUGUACAAAUAGCAUUUUGUUAAAAUAAUUAUAGACUCUCACUGAUGGUGGCACACAUCUUUUUCUGUUAUCUGAGACUCAAUAAAAUUUUAAGUUAACAGUAAAAACCUAUAGUCUACUUUUUUUCAUACGAAGAAAGAUAUUGAUAAGGGAAUCGUUAAAGGAUUGAAUUGAUAAGAAGAAUUGAUAAUGGCAUUGAUAUCGAUAAAAUCUUAUCAAUGCUCAUCCUUAAGUGUGAGUUUAGUACAUACUCAGAAGUUAACUGUUGUGGUAAAGAGCAGGAAAAAACUAGAUGAUGAGCAGAAACGAACCGUGCCAUAUAACACAGCAAUUUUGAUAAGAUCAACUCUUAUUUUUUACCUUUAACAUAACCUAUUGUCAGAAAUCACGUCUGAAAGCAAAUGUUCUGCUGUUCUUUGCACUCCUCCUUCUUUUACUGUUUUUAUGGUAAAACGUGCCUCAUUACUGACCGGUUUAACUUGUUAGUAAUCAGCUGGCAGACCAAUUAAUGAAAAGUGCAAACAAAAAUACCAAAUAAAAACACACACACCUCACUCGAAAGUAGGGCUGCACGAUUAAUCGAUUUUAAACCCAUCCACAUGGAAACGAAUUCAAGAGUAAACGCUAUUUUGUCGUAUCAGCGUUUCAUCCACUCGGAAAUGGCAUUUCGGGUGUCUGUAAAUGGUACUGUUUGAGGAUGGGUCUGAGAGCAUAAAUCUGUAAACGACUACCAUUUCAUCUCUGUGUGGAUGCCCAUCUGCAUCUGUCUUGACACAAUUGUGUGACAAACAGCGUAACUCUUUUAUGGCGCCUGUGCAUGUCUGGCCGAAACAACAUUUAUGUGCAUGCUGUGUACUCUUCUUCUGUCUUUUGUGCAUUUCCUGGGCAGCGUUACAGUGCCAUUUACUGGCUUUGCAUAUGCACUACAUCGUUUUCAGUGGUUUCGUUUAGAGAGAUGGUAGAAAACCUUUUUAUUUUUAGAGUGAAGUUUGGUGAAAUUGUCACCGAAUAAAAAAUCAAAAUUGAAAAUUGAGUUUUCAGAGAAAAAAUCUGGGAUUUUAUUUUUGGCCAAAAUUGUGCAGCCCUGUAAGGUUACAUUUGCUCAAGUGGUGUACAGUUCCUCCCAUAAGACAGUUGCUUCCCCUUAUUAAUACCUCUGAAUUGAUUUGUUGUAUCUUAGGAGUAAAGAUGAUGUUAAUCUUAAUGUUGAUAACAUCAGACCAAAGUCAUCUCUUCCGCUGCAGCAUCUCUGGGGGGUUAUUCCUGUAAGUGGCAGAUAUUUGCCCUGUGACAAAUGGUAACACCGAGUCAUUACUAUAAAUGUGUGGAAGAACUCCUUAAGUCCUGAGAGCUGGACCUGCAUCUUUUACUUUUUUGUGUGUGCACAUUUGUAUGGUGUUAGAUUUAGCCCCAUACUCCUGGUGUCUGAGUUUAUAUGAAGUUUUUACUUUUGUUUUGUUGUUGCUUUGCCUGAGUCAGAGCCACACUGAAUUUCUUAAGUCUGUUUCAUACGUGGGAAUAGGUAUCUUCAUACCCCAUACCAGAUUUUAAAAUUAGUAAUACCUAUUGUAUUCAUACCAAAUGCUUGAAAAGGAUAGGUUUUUUAUUUUUAAAAUAACAUUUAAUAGUGUUUAAAAGUUCGAAAAACCUCAAACAAAACUUCAGCCAUCAACCUAAAGAGAGAGAGCAGCUGGGGUCACACGAGAAACAACACAUCUCAUUCUCAUGGAGGCUGUGCACCAAAAUGUUGGUGAAGCAUGACGCCUGUGACCACUACCUUUAGAUGUUGACAAACGGCACACUGUUAGUUCAUGGGCUUAAAAUCUAAGUGUAGGCUCAAUUGUUAUGAAUGGUUAUUCAUUAUUAGGUCUACUUCUGGCAGUUUUACUGAUGAUGGAGAAUGCUGCUGUAUUUUACAAAAGCGGCCUUCUUAUUUGCUGCCAUGCUUGUGGUGAAGUGAGUCCUGUUCAUCACACAUUUCAGUGUCAGAUUAUAAAUUUGUUUUGCAGGAUUAACACUCAUGCUUCAAAUGAGUUAUGAUGUGGUUUUGAAUUCUUACAGCUACUAAGAUGAUACAUUUUGAUGUGUCGUAACCACUCUGAAGUGCAGAUGUUUCACUUCUAGCAAUUACUUUAAUUGUGUAGGUCAGCCCUCAGUUAUGACUUCUGCUGUUGAGUUUUGCCAUUUUGAAGUAUGUUUCUGCUUUCUUGUUAGGCUCCGUGAAGUCUCAGAGAAACUCAACAAAUACAGCUUUAAUAGGUAAGUUUUUGGCAACACGGUGUAAGCUACUCAAGUGUUUGGUUGUAAAAAUGUUUUUUUUUUUUUGCCAUUACAGUGCUAGUAACUUUGUCUUUUGUUUUUUUUUCCUUGUCAAUACAGUCAUCCACAUCUUGGUCUUUUGGAGCAGGCAACCUUGAAACAGUGUGUUGUGGGUCCAAACCAUGCUGGAUUUCUACUCGAGGUAAUGCCCAUAUACAGCACAUUUUGAGCCUAAUAACCCCUCUGUGUUUGAUUUCACUGCUGUCUCCCCAAAAUCCAUCAAUCAAAUCUUUAGGGGAUGUUCCAAAGUGACUAUUUUCCCGGUCAUUGAAAUGGGAAUUAAAGUUAUAACUAACGAAUCUGUUUAAAGGUAAGGUAGGGCUGAGAAAACUCUUAACACUGAUGCCAAACAUGGUUAAUAUGGACAUGAACGUGGUUGCUUGAGGAUGAAAACCCAUGAGGACAUGCAUUAACAGAUUUUUCAAUUAACAAAAACAACACGUUUGGGAAAGAUGAAAUGCAAUCAGACAUAGUUGUGUGCAAGGGAGGUGUGGGUUAGGAUGAGAUGCAGUCAGGAUUAACAUUAAUGAUUUAUCACAACCCACCCAAUGCACUCUGUUUGUCAUGAAACUAAAGCGAUAAAAUGUCCAUGAUAGGGUAAAGAAAAGAGCAGACAUAUGGACGAAUUUAACAGCUGAUGCCAAGGAAUACCAGCUGCUUUAAAAUAAUGUAGAGACACAAUCAGAAACAUCACAAACCUGAGGCCAGAUUUUUUUUCUGCACACGUGUGUGUUCAUUGCUCUAAAACUUUGAGUCUAAUUACAGAUACAGUGGAUAAAAAAUAGGAUAUUUUAAUUUUUUUAAUUUUUCACUGGCUUGGACUUGAAGUCUUUUCUGUCAUGCACAUCCCUCCCACAGAGAGCACAGCAUGAUUGUAAGUCUAGGCUAGAUUGCCUUCCUGGGCUUUGGAAUGUAGAUGUUACACAAGUAAGUGUGAAGAGAGUGAACUGUUGCCUCUGUUAGAGACGACAGGACAGUGAUGGAGCAGAAGACUGGGAGAGAAGGACAGAUAUGUCCUUGUCUCUGCUGAGUUUUUGAUUGAGCCUCUGCCUCAAUUACUGGGUAACUUCUUUACUUGAGACAGAAAAAAUUUGGCACAAGCUGACAUUUGGAAAAAAUAAAAGAAUACAAAAGAAGAAAAAAAAACAUCCCAGCUCUAAAUCCCAGUCCCUCAAAAUACACUCUUUGAUGUUCCUCCUCUGCGUCGUCCACACUGCUAACUUUUUUAUUGACAUGCUGUCAGUUCAUUAGUGAUGUGGUAUCUAAUGACUUUCUGUCCUUAAACCAUAAGGUUGAUUAAAUGAAGAGAUAUACGCAUAGACUUAAGAAGUUUUAUUCAGACUCUGAGACAGUAUCACUCAACAAUAAAACAUAUCAGGUCUCCGUCCUAUCCCUGCAAAAGUAGCAUGCAGCUUCCUAUGAAAGUAAUAUGUGAUCAUUUGAGGGUGUCAGCUCUAGUGAUGUGGGUCGCACAAGAGGCCAUUGUACUUCUCAGCUCCCAUGAAUACUUUUUGAUAGUUUUAUCCCUCAGAAGUUUUAUCCAUCAAAUGAGUGGUUUCAAAAACAAUGUCUUCAUCUCUUUCAGGAUGGACGUGUGUGUAGAAUCAGUUUUGCUGUCCAGCCGGAUCGCCUGGAGCUCAGCAAACCGGACAACGGUGAUGGGUGAGUCCUCUUUUAAACUGGCAUUCGUCAUGGGAAGUGUUGUUGCUUUGAACUUUUCAGAUGGUUUGAAAGUUUCUCUUAGACAUAACCUGUGCAAAACACAGAUGCUCAUUUUUUUUAACGGAGGUCGCUGUGACUUGAGAUCUGCAAGUGUGCCCUCUGUCGCGCAAAGGUAUUUGGUCAUGUAUUUAAUGUCAGGAAAUUACUCAGGCUUUUGCUAAAAUCUUUCAUUACCAUCAGGAGUUAAAGUUGAAACUCAGUCACAGAUCUAGAACCCAAACUGUGCUCUAGCAGGUAGCUGUUGGGACUGCUGGCUGCUUUCUCAAGUUUUAGUUAUUCUGUGUGUUUAGAGUCUUUGUCAUCCAAAGUUUCACGCAGUUUCAAUUUAGAGUAGUGCCACCUUAUUUACACCUCUUAUUCACACCAUAACCUUCAUCAACCCACAGUGGAGUUUUUACAAAGCUUUAUGAGUCAUUUGCCCUGAUAGUCCUGCAAGUGUGAGGUACCUAUGGGUGUACUGUUCUGGGUUUCUUUGGCAGGUUCUGACAAUUUACCCAACAAUGCCCAACACAAUAUGUGGUUCUGAUCGACAACAAAGGUCGGGGGAUUGUGUAAGCUUAGCAACUGUUGGUUUGAAUUUGCUGUGUCUCUGUAUUGAUGUGUAUUACUGUUGAUGUAUUGAUCUCCAUGCAAGGUUCAGUGUUCUUUGUAAUGAAAGGUUUUAAACAUCCAGAUGUUAUCAGUCUAAUUUUGUGAGUAUAGUUAGUAAACGGAAGCAGCUCCCAACCCUAAGACAAAGAAAGACAACCUCAAAGGAGUGAUGAAUUGCAACUAAUUCUGAUUCCAAAAGGGUGUUGCCAUGCUAGUCUCCCAAGUACCCCCUCCUGUUGCUCAGUAUAAAGAAUUAGGCACAGAAAAUUAAUCCUGAACCAAGCGGUGUGAUUUACAAUUACCUGGGGUGAAUUAGACUUCAGUGGCCUGGGUAAUGAUUGGAAGUUUUUGGUCCUAUUUGGGACUUCUCUAGGUUUGUAACUGAUCUCCCAUCUUUUGUUUUCAGUUCAAAGUUGAGCAGUGGUUCAGGGACAGGAAGGAGCUCCAGGCCAGGCAGGACUAGUGAUCCACCCUGGUUCCUGUCUGGUUCUGACACACUUGGCAGACUGGCAGGCAACACCCUUGGGUAAGUUCUGGUAGGGUUGAUAGAGAACAAUUGUCCUGACAAAGUAAAUUAUUCAGUGCAAAUUAGCACUGUGGUAGGGGGGUUAUCUUAGUUAUCAUUCUAAGACUUUAACUGAAGGGUGCUUUGAAAAUCUAAUGAAUAUGUAACCAAAUGGCAUCAUACAGAAUCACAAAUGUCCUCCCCUGAAUUUGAAGGUGUAGUCGUUUUUGCUGACAUUUGUGACACGCAACUAACCAAGUGCCUGAUUCUCAACUGAAGGAAUUCUGGUUGACUUGUCGUUGUUCAGAAAGCCUCAAAGGGUGCCAUAUGCUGAUCUAAAACCAGCUGCUACUACUGAUAGUCAAAGAAACAGUACCUUUCUAAUAUUUUAAAAAGCAUCUUGUCUGAUGUCACAAAGACUGAAUCCCUUGGUUCUCAGAUAGUGGUGUGUUUUCUGCCUGCUCUGACAGCCAGAUUUUGAAUUUGCCAGUUGUCUCUGAUCAUGACCUUGCACUGUAUGAAACAGGAGUCGCUGGAGCUCCGGUGUGAAUGGAGGUAGUGGAGUAGGAAGUGGAGGAGGAGCAGGGGGAAGCGGAGCAGGAAGUGGCAGCAGUGGAGGAGGAGGUGGUGGAGGAGGAGGAGCAGGAGGAGGAAGUGGAGGAGGAGGAGGCACAUCAGGAAGGUCUUCGACAGCAGCUCGGGAUUCCCGUCGUCAAACCAGGGUGAUCCGUACAGGAAGGGACCGUGGCUCGGGUCUUCUAGGUAGUCAGCCUCAGCCAGUCAUACCAGCCUCUGUCAUCCCUGAAGAACUGAUUACUCAGGUACAGAUCUCUCUGCUUUUCUCCAUCCUCCUGAAGACAUUAUAGUGUUUUUUCUUUCUUUGUUCACUAAUACGCUUCAUUGGACUAUGUUUUCACUUUCUGUUUUUACUUUCCUGUAGGCCCAGGUAGUUCUUCAGGGGAAGUCCAGGAGUGUUAUCAUAAGGGAACUCCAAAGGACAAAUCUGGAUGUCAACCUUGCAGUCAACAACCUGCUGAGUCGAGAUGACGAAGAUGGAGAUGAUGGAGACGAUACUGCCAGCGAGUCUUACCUCCCUGGAGGUUCGGCAAAAUGAAACAGAUCAAUGGGAUAGAAAGGAAAUUAGCUGACAUGCAGUGAUAAAUGUUGUAAUGGCCUACAGCAGUUUGAGCCUCAUGUUACUUCAAUUAUUUUUUUACUCAUCUUCAACUGUUUGUGCUUCUGCUCUGUUCAGAGGACCUGAUGUCCCUGCUGGAUGCAGACAUUCACUCAGCUCAUCCCAGUGUGAUCAUUGAUGCUGAUGCUAUGUUUUCUGAGGACAUCAGCUACUUUGGCUACCCUUCUUUUAGACGCUCCUCCUUGUCUCGCUUAGGAUCUUCCAGAGGUAAGUCAUCAUCACACCUCUGACAAGAUUAAGAAAGGGCUGGAUAAUAGAGGGGCUGUAGCUGUGAGUGAUGAUUGCUUUGUUGUUGUUGUUGUUGUUGUUGUUGUUGUUGUUGUUGUUGUUGUUGUUGUUGUUGUUGGGAUUGAGCUUAAUAGCUAAGAAUUAAACAGGAGUUUUCUGACGAGGAAAACAGUUCAGUUAUUUUUCAGUUUUUUGAAGUAAAAAAUCAUUCAGCUUGUUUGCUGUGACAUUUUUCUCUCCAGUCUGUUUAGUCAUGUUUGCAUAACAGAGUUAAGUCUAAUAGACUAUUCUUGUUUGGUGUUGUAUGAUGCAUGUAGUGCAUACUGUGUGCUCUCUGAGAAAGGCCCGCUAGGACCACUUGUCCUGACAGAGAACUUUUGAGGCAGUUCAAUCAAAAAACCGACUGAGCCCACCUGUAGGCCACAUGCAUGCUUUUAUAUCUGUCUACUUACUUCUUCCUCUGAGUCUUAUAUUGACGAGUGCGCAAACUGACUCACCCAGCAGUACAAUUUUAACUCCCACUCAAUCUUCUGUACUGCAAUUUUGAUUUGCAUUACAGUGAUUUGAAAGAAUCUCUCUCUCUCUCUCCUCUUAAAAUUAUGUUGACGGGUCUUUCCCAGAGAGUGGCUUACUCCUAUCCCACUGGUGUGACCUUAUUGCAUACCAGUUCUCCUUCUUCCCUUAGAGCGAGACUCAGAACUGUUGCGUGAGCGGGAGUCAGUAUUGAGGUUACGUGAACGCCGGUGGCUUGAUGGGGCCUCAUUUGAAACAGAGAGAGGCUCCACCAGCCGUGAUGGUGAGCCAAGCUUGGACAAAAAGAGUAUCCCGGUCCAGAGCCCUGUUUCUUUGGGAGAGGAGCUUCAGUGGUGGCCUGACAAGGUAAAUGGAAUCACGGUUUUUGAUUUAGUUCUUUCAUGACUCCUAUGAUGGGUUUGUGAAAAUAUAUAAAGAUUUCGUUAAAAGAAAAUAACCCACGAACCUUUACUUUUGCACUGUGAGUGGAAAGUUGCUUAGUUUUACUGAACUUGCUUGAACGUGCUUUAUCAGACGAUUCCUAGUUAAGAGCGCUGAUUUUUUUUUUUUAGGAUGGUGUUAAGUUUGUGAGUAUUGGGGCCAUGUUCUCAGAGCUGGUGGCUGUGAGCUCCAAAGGAGAACUUUAUCAGUGGAAGUGGAGCGAACCUGAGCCUUACAGGAAUGCACAGGUGGGGAAUUUGUUAUGUAAAUGGAAAAGGUUGUGUUACACACUAUAUCCUAUUUAAUUACUGGGAUAAAACAUACAGCUUCAAAUCACAUGUUCAAAAUUUGGAUGUCUAAUAUCUUUUUUUUUUUUUUAAUUCAUCACUCCAGAAUCCUUCGAUUCAUCACCCACGUGUGUCCUUCCUCGGCCUGGCUAAUGAGAAGAUCACCUUAUUGUCUGCCAAUAGCAUAAGAGCCACGGUGGCCACUGAGGCCAAUAAGGUGGAUCAUGCUUUUCUUUUUAUUACAGAAAGUUUCAGAGAGUUCUUGGUAAAACUAUUUUGGUGAAGGAUAUUUAGUCUAAGCACAGAACUCUUUAAAGUUACAGGUUAACAUUUUUUUUGUGAAGGAAUGGAUUCUUCAUUAACGCAAAUUUUUAUGAUAUAGGUGGCGACCUGGGUAGAUGACACUCUUAGCACAGUGGCCUCAAAGCUGGAGCACAGCGCUCAGGCUUUCCCUGAGCUGCAGGGAGAACGUCUGAUAUCUCUGCAUUGCUGUGCUCUCUACACUUGUGCACAGCUGGAGAACAGCCUUUUCUGGUGGUGAGUUAAAGGAGAAAAUUUUUAUAGAACAAUACUGAAUGGGAAGUUGAACUCCAAAUUUUUGAACACAGCAUGGAGUGUGAGCAUACUUGCCUUGCAAUUUAUCCACCUCUGUCUGAUAUGUAUGGUGGCCGAGAACCACCACUGCUGCAAAUAAAAAAGAAUGAACAAAAAAGAAACCACAACGGAAGUUACUGAUGCUAAAAAAAAAAAUAAAAAAGAAACCGAAGCCUGCUGCAAAUAAAAAUAGAGAAACGGUGCAAAUUUAAAAAACAAACAAACAAUGGAAGGUAAUGACGCAAAAAUAGGUGGUGAUGCCAAAAAAAAAGUUACUUACUGCGAAAAUAAAAGGAUGCAGUGGAAGUGAGCUGCCAGGGACCAACAAUGCCGAUGCACCAGUGUUUUACGAUCUAGGCACAGAAGACGACGGCAAAAAGACGAGCAAAGAAGUUAGUGGAGAGGUUAUUGUUUAAUUUCGCUUCAUGUGCUUUUCAAUGUGUCAUUUGGUUAGGCCAUGUAGCGCUUUAGUCGAUAUGAAGUUGAUCUGAAGGCUGCCGGUGUAGAUUUAGCUUCAGUUCAGCUUCAUACCAUAUAAUUCAGCGAGAACCACUGACAAAAGAUCAAUUUAUUUUAUGUGUUGAUGGGGAAACCUGAUGAACUAAAUGGAAAUAAGUCAAGGCCUGUAAAUGUCUGAGCACAAAGAUAAUCAGGCCACCAGGACUAAGUCUCAACAUAGUGGUAACUUCCAUAAGUAAGGUGGGUAUUGCAUGAUCAAAUAUGUUAACAAAUGCCCUCAUGGUGCAGCCAGAUGCACAAGUGAAUACAGGGUGACACACUGAGUGCAGUGCAGUUCAUUUGAACUGACCCACUGUACAAAACUUUUAAAACACUGGCCUUCAAACUGUCAGAUUUAAGGAAGGAUAUACCAUUUAAUGUUGUUUUGGACAUUCAGUGGAUCUUUUUAAGGAAGUGGAUCUCUGAUAUCCUGCAGAGCAUUAGUCGAGACACUUCUCAUGGCCUAUGCAAGAGGGUUAGAGAGUUGGGUCCUUAAUUAUUAGUGGAUAGCUGUCUUUAUCAGGAUAGAGGAACAAAGAAUGCUGAAAAACUGGAAAUGUUGUCUUCUUUCAAUCUUAAGGACAAUUACCAAUCAGUUACUGAGAUAUAAAGACAUAUCGCAUGGUUGAGCCUGUAGCUCUUGUCUUUUGAGAUACAUUUGGGGUUGGGGGUAAAAUAAAUUUCCUUAAAGACCUGACAUUUAGUGAAGGUUUGAAAGAUAUAUCUUUGUCUUAUAUAAGGGGGAAAAUGAUGUAAGUGUUGAAGAAGUAUUUCCAGUCUUUACAAUGUUUUCACCUCUCUGCAGGGGUGUCGUGCCUUUUAGUCAACGGAAGAAGAUGCUUGAAAAGGCCAGGGCCAAAAACAAAAAGCCAAAGUCUAGUGCUGGCAUCUCCUCAAUACCCAACAUCACUGUGGGCACACAGGUAAGACAGGAGUACCUAUUGUAAAGAUUUUAGGCUCGAUAUCACGUUUAACUAUGCAUUUAAUGGAUUUAAAUACAUAUCCUCUUGUGUUCCAGGUGUGUUUGAGAAAUAACCCACUCUACCAUGCUGGUGCAGUAGCCUUCUCAGUCAGUGCAGGAAUUCCUAAAGUAGGAGUCCUGCUGGAAUCUGUCUGGAAUAUGAAUGACAGCUGCAGAUUCCAGUUACGCUCACCAGAGAGCCUGAAGAACAUGGAGAAGACCACUAAGAUCCAGGAAAUCAAGUUAGUAUUAUUGAUUUCAAUAAGUUGGUAGAUCAAUUUUAACUCUGAGAACACAGAGUGUAGCUUUCCCUGGAUAACAUGAAAUAAAUAUCUUUCAUAACUCCAUCUUGUUCCACAGGACCGAAAGCAAACCAGAGCUUGUGAAGACUGAAAUGGGCCCCCCACCAUCCCCAGCUUCUACCUGCAGUGAUACCUCUUCAAUUGCUAGUAGUGCCUCACUGCCCUAUAGUACGUCAGCUUUACUCUCUUUUACUUUCAACAACACUCAUGUUGUCCAUUUAAAUCAUAGGACUAGCUGUAUCAAUGAUAAAGUUUAUGAAAUGCAACAGUCCUCGUCAGUAAUACAAUGAUAUACCAUUUAUAAUUCUGCCAUCUGAGUGCUGCGAACAUGUCUUAAAACGAGCAAAUAACUUGCUGUGCAGAAAGUGAGGCUUAUUCCCCCAAGCCUAGUGAAAUAUUUCUUUCUGUACUGCAUGGGCCUUUCAAAUACACAUACUUAAGCCACUUAAAAACAGUACUGAUUUAUUACUUGACCUUAUUUUUGGACAGCCCUCCUUUCGCACUGCACUGUGUUUUUCUCAAAACAAAAAGUCUGACGAUUUCUCAGCAUCUUAAUCCCAUUUGUCAGCUGUCUAGCUCAUAAGGCUGUUUGUUGAGCAGAGAUUGAAAACGAACUUCCCUUUUCUUAAGAAAACACUGUGGGCAGGUUGCAGUUCAUUUUCUGAAUGUCCACCAUGUGUCAGAGGCCACUGGAGGGAGCUCCUGAGAAAAGCUUCCCUAAAAAAAUGUCAAUCUCUGUGAGCACAUUAAAGGAGUUAUACUUUUAUUCAUCACUUUUUCCCCUCACAACAAAAAUCAGGAGUCAGAAACUAGUUUUGGCCACAAAUAUCUUGUGUAGAGAAUACCCUGAACCACAAAUCACAGAGACAAACCCUGGGAUUGUUUUUCCACUGCUUCAGCCAUGGUGACACCCAGGAAUCACUGUGAACCUGAGCCACUAAUACUGGUCUAAUGUGCCUCAAAACCCCAAAGUGAAAUGUUAACAAAUUAGGUUUAGACUUUUACAGUUCACCCUCUAGUGAGGGGAGAAAAGGUUAACCUAAAUGAUGGAAAUAAUGCUCCACAGCCUCCCCUCCUUAAAUACUGAUGAAUUUCAUUAGGGGAGUGCAGCUUUCCUUUACAAGGAUUCAAUCUGAUUGAAUUCAAUCUUCGAUGGCCAGGAUCCAAUUAGGGGACAGUUUAUAAUGAUUAAAAUGAUUAUUAUUGGGUUUGAUUUUGUUCAUACUAUCUGAUUUGAUUUGGUUCAAAGUAGUAGUAAAUCUCCCGAACUGGGGGACUUUUUCAAGCCGGGAGUCAGUCAUGUAACCAGGCCACCCUGGCCUUGCCCACACAUGCACACCCAAACUGACAUGCAUGGGCACGCAUACACACAUGCAUGUAGGUAUACACACACAUGCACUAACUCACUCACACAAUUCAAAACAAAUAUGCACUCCAAUAUUGACAUAGUAGUCACUACAACACCCACCCUAAUGUCACAUGGACAUUUUCAGGCCAUGACCCAUCUGUGGAGAUAUUGACCCACUUGAUUUGCUCUUGUAUUUAUUUAUGUAAUAACGGAAUGAUUAUAUCCCGUUUGUUGCAUAAAUUAAUAAUUAAAAAAAACAGUUUAUAUAUAUGUAAAUGGCUUGUAAAUCAGUGAUUUUUAAAAUCCCAAUCCUUAAUUUAAUUCCAAGGCCAGGGCCUAGGCUACAUAUUUACACUGUAAAAGUGUACUGCCUCAGGGACCCUUGGGGGUCCCUGGACCUAUGGACAGAACCAGUGUUUUUUUUUUUUUUUACACAUAACUUACUUGCAGACGCAUCUGUGAAGUUCUGGCUGUCUUUGGUGUGUGAUGCGCAUAUGUGCUGUGCGUGUACACAAUGGCACUCUAUCCUCAGAACAGGAGAGAGUGCAGGUGGAGGAGACUGACUAAGCCAGUGAAAAAGAGGGCAACGUUCAACCACAAGGGCCUGUGUUAGAGAGAGCAUUGAAACAUAUGCACUUGCACAAACGCGACCAGUUGAAAUUUGUACUCACAUUUGGUAAAAGGUCUUGCAUGCGAUUUUGGUCACAGUCUUGAGCCCUGUUUGACCGCAGUGUGAUGGAAGCCAAGAGCUGACACUUAGUCUGGUUUAUAGUAACUCUCUUUUUCACCACUCGUGUUUGUUUCAUUGGUUUUUAAUUGGAUGUAUCAGGAUUGAAGGACUCAAAAUUGUGUUUGUUAUAUUUGUAACAGAGCGCAGACGUUCCACCCCGGCUCCAAAAGAGGAGGAGAAGGUGAAUGAGGAGCAGUGGCCUCUCAGGGAAGUGGUCUUUGUGGAGGAUGUUAAAAAUGUUCCUGUGGGAAAGGUUGGUACUCUUGAAAAAAGGCAAAAGAUCCCUCAUGUUCUCAAGAUUGGCGAUGUCAUGAAAUUGUGAAAAAUUUGGAAAUGUGGUUUUAGCCUCUGUCUUCUCUGAGAAUAUGUCAUCAAUAAUAGAGACUGAUCAGUUAGUUGUCUGGGCCAAUUGAAGGCAUUUUGACUAUGUUUGUGUAAAUAGAAACACAUUUUUCCAUCCUUUAUGAAAGUAUAACAAAAAUUAAACAGUUAGGGGGUUGUGUUUAAUAUAAAUUAUCUUAUGGUGUAUAGAAUACCUCAGUUUGCUAUUGCUCUUGACAUAUAAAUGUCUGCCAUGUACUGAAAUUUAACCUAUUGAGCAUAACCCAGAGAAUUUGUCUCUUUCAUCACUUUAUUAAGGAUUAAUCUUCAACAUGUCACUGGCAAAAAUGAAUAUGACAUUUAAAUAUAUGUGGAAAUUGAAUUAGUAAUUACAAAUAACUGGUCAACUUACAACUUCUAACCUUUAAUUCACUUACUAGGUGCUCAAAGUCGAUGGUGCAUAUGUUGCGGUCAAGUUCCCAGGCACUUCAAGCAGCGUGAGCAACCAGAACAAUGCUGCUCCUAUUGACUCAGACCCAUCAUCACUGCUGCAGGACUGCAGACUCCUCAGAAUAGAUGAGCUCCAGGUGAUGCUUAUCUUCCUCUCAGGAUUUUAAAUUUAAAGUGAAUCAAUGUUUUUGCAGCUGUGUGCUGCUCUUCCUCUCAUCUUUAUGUUGUCUGCCUCUUUCUGUUUCUGACAGGUGGUUAAAACUGGCGGGACCCCGAAAGUUCCUGACUGUUUUCAACGAACACCUAAAAAGCUCUGUAUUCCAGAAAAGGCUGAGAUAUUGGCUGUGAAUGUUGACUCCAAAGGUGGAUUGUUAUGUGUUUCUUUAUGACACUGAAUACAUAAAGUUUUUUAAAUGUUUUGGUGGGUGGGUAAUGUUUUAGUUUUCUGCUGAUUUUUUUUCUAUACCUGAAAUCUUUGUCCAUCUUUCAGGAGUCCACGCAGUCCUUAAAACUGCUAACUGUGUGAGGUACUGUAUCUUUGACCUGGCCACAGGCAAAGCUGAACAAGAAAAUAGCUUCCCGACUAGUAACCUGGCCUUCCUUGGGCAGAGUGAGCGCAAUAUUGCCAUCUUUACUGCAGGACAGGUAAGAUGAUAUCCCCUCAUGGUGGUUUGUUAAUGCUUUUGCUCUUUGCCCAUGAUAUAGGACAGCCUGGCUUUAUACAGAUCAUAAUGUUAGUAUUAAAUUUCCUCCAGGAAUCUCCGGUCAUCCUUCGAGAUGGGAAUGGCACCAUCUACCCAAUGGCCAAAGACUGCAUGGGUGGAAUCCGAGACCCUGAUUGGUUGGACCUUCCCCCUAUAAACAGUCUUGGAAUGGGGGUGCACUCUUUGGCAAAUCUGCCCUCUAACUCCACAAUUAAAAAGAAAGCUGCCAUCAUAAUCAUGGCUGUUGAGGUAAAUAUGAUCUAAUAAAGCAACAGGCAAAGGACAAAGAAAUAUAGAAGUGCAUUUACUGAUGCUUUGCUCCUGGGAGUUAAAAUAGAGUUUCGUUAUCACGAUGAAUCAUUAUAGAGGGCUAAAAUAUGCUGCUCUGCCCUUUUGAGCUGCUCUCUUAUUUCUGACGCUAAUCUCACAUUUAUGUCCUUUAGAAGCAGAUGCUGAUGCAGCAUGUCCUGCGUUGUGACUAUGAGGCCUGUCGCCAGUACUUGGUGAACCUCGAGCAGGCUUUUCUGUUGGAUCAGGGCAGUCAGGCUCUUGGAGCCAUCCUGGACCAUCGCUGUGAUGGGAAUCGGAACAUCCUUCAUACUGCUGUCUCUGUUUGCUUUCCUGUUAGUAACAAAGAGACCAAAGAAGAAGAAGGUACAGUGAUGUUCAGGAUUUCUCCCAUUAGUUAGUCCUUCACAUUCAGUUGUUUCAUAGCUCUCUAUCUGAGACAUCCAAGAUUUGGACUUGGCCAUCCGUAACAACAAUAAAUAUGAUCUGUUUUAUUGUCAUGUUUUUUUAUUACUAUUUUUAUUUAUAUUGAUAAAUUGGAAACAUACUCUGAAGAGAACUUCAACUUUCUCCACCAAAGUGGUUUAGGUCAAGUUUUUAUCCUUGAAGUGAUCAUGUUUUUUUUGUUCUUUUUUUCACAGAAGCUGAAAGGUCAGAGAGGAACACAUUUGCAGAGCGUCUGUCUGCUGUGGAGGCAAUUGCAAAUGCCAUCUCUGUGGUUUCAAGCAACAGUUCUGGGAAUAGGACUGGGUCAUCAAGUAGUCGAGGGUAAAUGACCAGUUAUUUCUUUCUGUGCCACAUGUACCAGUAAUACGCACUGCUCAAGAAAUAUCAGAAAUACAUAAUCAUUACGGUGUAACUCCAAGUCCGUCUCAUUCUUGUUCAGUUAGGAAGGAAUGAAUAUUGGUAUCAGUUUCAGCAGCUCUAUUUGAAAUGGGACAGAAAAUACACUCAUACGAGAGGCAGUUAUCAAGAUGAUAACUCCCUUUGAAGAAGUGAUUUUACAGGUGGAGGUCAUUUCCCUCUCCUCAUCCUCUCUGGAUCAUUCUUGGCUAGUGUUGCGUUUUUCCAGCACCCCCUCCACUAGUGGUAGCAUGAGUCUGCAUCUGCAUCAUCCAACAGAAUGAGCCCACAAGUAUGAGUUGGAGUCCAGUCCUCAGUGGGUUCAUGGUUUUGGUUUCUAUUGAUUGUGCUUAAGUUAUUUUGUUCUCAAUAAAUUAGACUGGGCAGUUAAUAAAGCUUUACAGCAGAUUUCUUUCAUUCCUGGAGAUCUGGUUUGUGGGAUUUAAAUGUUCCCUUUAUUCUUUUGAGCAGUGUGAAGCAAAAAUGUAGUUCAGGCAGGCACAUCUGACAUAUAGCGACUUACGACCACCCCUGUGUGAAAGGAUAGCUUUUUCUACAUGCUGCUUUUCCAUAUCCAUAUAUCAGCCUUUCUGUCCAACUGUUAUUUUCCCUUAUCAUUGCUGUAAUGAAGGUCCACUAGCACUGUGCUGUUGUAGUUGCACACGACACACUGUUUUCGUGUGUGAUUUGACAUUGAGUGAUGGAGUAGCAGAGGCACAGGAAGUACAACAUACCAACUUACUGCAGGAGCUCCACAUACACACACAUACAGACACCACACAUACAGUGAUGACUUCAACACUAGAUCCUGCCAUUGUCUUCCCUCACCGCUCUCGUACUACCUUCAACACCAGCUCAGGGGUGAAAGGACUUCACCGCACCACUUUGGAUUAUUGCAUCACAUAUUGCAGAUAAGGCUCAAAGGGUUUAAAUUUCCUUGCUUGAACUGCCAAUAUGUCAAAACCUCUAGAGAAGAAGAGAGAGAGAAAGAGGGAGAGAAAGUGGGAGAGAAACACAAUAACUAUUCAAACAUGUAUUUGUGAAAUCUGUGACAACCAUGUUUAUUUUGUCAUCAGGCUUCGUCUGAGAGAGAUGAUGCGGAGGUCUUUAAGAGCAGCAGGUCUCGGUCGUCAUGACUCUGGCCAAGCAUCUAGUGACCACCAGGACCCUGUAUCUCCGCCCAUUGCCCCACCAAAUUGGGUACCUGAUCCCCCACCCAUGGAUCCUGGUAAGUCCUUUUUUGUUAAGGUAUGAUCGAGAGGAUCUAUUGCUUGAGUUUUCUGCCUGUUAAAAAUAAGUUUUUUUCUUGCCAUCAUUAACUUGCUAAAUACUGCAAAAUGCUUCACUUAUGAUGGUUCGAGAUGGCUUAAAUCUGAUCCAUCUCAAGGUUGGGUCUUUUGUAAUAUGUCAAACAAUGAGUUGAGUCUAACCUGCUCUUAUGGAAAGCAUUUUGAGAUAACUGUUGUUGUGAUUUGGCGCUAUAUAAAUAAAAGGAAAUUGACUAAUUGAUACAUUUUGAGUGGGGGAGAAAAUUGAUAUAUUGCAGAAUUUCUUCAGUUUUGAAUUGAAUCAAGUAAAAAAAAAAAAAAAGCAACUACCUUUUAGGGCUGUGGUCAACUUAAAAAAAAAAUCAGUUGACCAUAUUACUCCAACUCAUCAACCAAUCGAUUGUUUAAUUUCAUUAAAAAAACAAAACAUUUAUAUACAUAAAUAUAUAAAUAUGUACAUGUGCACACUCCCUCACAGUAUCAAAAGUCACUUCAGUAACCAUGUCUCGCCAUCAUUUUUGGAUCUAUUUAAUAAUAAUCCAAUAAGAGGACCACUUUUACAGCUUUUAUUCUUUAACAUAAAGAGACAUGUGAAGCAGUUUUCAGAUCAACUUUAAUUACAGCAGCAGAAGGAGACCUGGUUGCUUAAAAUAUGGGAUCAGUUGUUUGGAGUUUUGUUCUUUUUUGGACUGGGUGUAGCUGGUGCCUCCACACCCUGAAGCAGGUGAAGAGGAUGCACCUAUUUAAGGACACUAAAUACCAAGACAGUUUGUCAAAGUCUUCAAUUAUUGCUCCUCUGCUUUUCAAACUUAGCAUAAAAUAAAUGUACUUUGUAAUCUUGUGACAAACAAUUUUUCAGUGUAGAAGCUGCCCAAACUUAAACCUGUUUUCUUGUUAUCUUUUUUAGUAAUAACGGUAGACUGAAUUAAACCCUAAAAUGAGUGUGCAUGUGUCACAACGUGAUAAUCGAUUUUAAAUUGAAUCAGUGCCUCAGGAAUAAAAAUCCAUGGAAAUCUUAGAGCUGUGACUUUAAACCAUUCAAGCCCAAAGCUCACUUAUUUCUCUACUUUUGCAACUGUCAACCAUUCUUGUACAAAUGUAAAAUAAUGGAGUAGUGCCACUAGUGCUGGACGAUAAUUCGAUAACAAUAUAUAUCGAUCGAUAGACGUGUGGUACGAUAGAAAAAAAACGGGUCGAUAAAAAGUUCGAUAGAAAAACACAGUUUCCCUUUCUUUUUCAUCAUAGCCUAUCAUGUAGCUUUUACUACAGUCAUUACUUCCUCCCAACCAAUCACAAACGCAGACCCAGGUACGCUACGGCACCAAGCCCAGCCCCUCUCAAACCACAACAGACAGCACGUGUAUUAGAAAAAAUGAUACAGCAAGGAGAAGCGGAGGACAGUGUCCCGAAAAAAGGUUUCAGUAGUUCACCAGCAUGGCAAUGUUUUGGUUUUUAGAAGUCUGACAAAAAGCGAACAGCGGUCGUUUGCAAAAUUUGCAGAGAAUUAGUAAAAACCAAGUCUGGUAACACAACCAACUUGUUUUACCAUCUAAACCGAUCGCAGCCGCAGGUCGUCGGAGGAGGAAUCCUCUGGAACCGCUGCCAGCACCAGCACAAAGCAUGUGAAGCAGACCAAACUGGACUUCGUUUCUUGCCAAAAUACGACAAAGCGUUCGAGCGGCAUAAGGACAUCACCCAUGCAGUAAGAUGCUUCAUAGCGAGGGACAUACUGCCAAUAACUACCGUUGAAAAGCCUGGCUUCGACCAGCUUCUAGCCACUCUCGACCCGCGAUUUGAAGUGCCCGGCCGCAAGUAUUUCUCAAACACAGCGCUUCAGGCAUGAAAAUGGGUCAGGGGUUGAAAAGGUGAGAAGGGUGCGGAGGAAAUACGUUCCGGUGUUGUACCGUAGAAUGCACCCCUGUAUCCCGUCCACUCAUUAGCUUCUUAAAGUGGAAGAAAAUGAGCUCAUAUUUUACAAAGACGCGAGUAUUUGGAUCAUGGCUACUAGCAGGGGGUGCAUUCGGCAGGGGUGCAUUCUACGACACAACACCGGCGUGGAUAAGUCCUGCUUCACGUGCUUAGUUUGUGUAUUAAGUCAAUCACAUGAUAAUUAAAAAAAAAUAAAUCUCCCGACCCCGGGAGAAAUAUUUUAGUGUUCAGACACCAGGCUGUGGGCAGUUUCCCACACAGUUAAACCUGGUAGUAUGCUAUUCCCACCUAAAGCUAUUCUGUUUAUUUAUAUAUUUGUUUGUUUUGUUUAUUUUCAUCAAAAGACUAUUUAAAUAUUUAUUUAUCAGAUUUUCUGGUCACUUUAGUCUUUAUGUUUGUCAGUAUUUACUGAUGUCACUCAGGCCACUUAAGUUGAUUUCUUUUUUUUUUUAGUUCUUUUUUAAAAAACUUUCAGUUGUGGUAAAAAAAAAAAAGGUGGUUGAAUAAAGGUUUGAAUUUGAAUUCAGUGCUUGUGUGUUCUUUAUUAAAAGUAGGUCAUUAAGCAAUAGCAUAAAAACAUCCAGGGCUGCAAUUAAAAUAUAUGUUAAAUAAUUAUAAUAAUCAUAUCGAUAAUUAUCGAUAUCGAUCAAUAUGAUUUAUUUUUUAUCGAUAUGCUUUUUUUCUAUAUCGUCCAGGCCUAAGUGCCACUAAGUUAGACUUUAGUUAAUUUUGCCAUUUAGUUUGAGAAAAUCUAAAGCCCUGUGUUUUAAAGAUACAUAGACUUCCAGGAGUAAAGAUAAUGUACCUUAAAGCUACCACUUUUAUCAAUCCAGAAUCUCUGUAACACCAGAGCUGUGGUUUGAUUUUAUCUACAGACGGUGACAUUGACUUCAUUCUGGCACCAGCUGUGGGUUCACUCACUACUGCCUCUACUGGACCGAGCCAGGGACCAAGCACCUCAACCAUUCCAGGUACAUGUUCAUCAUAGUUCCAGCUGGGAGACCUGUCUGCUGAUUAAACACUUCAUUUCAAUACUGGCUGUUUUUUUUUCCUGCUCUGUUUUGUUCUGUUUUUAUAUGUAUGUAUGUAUUUGUUUAUUGAUUGAUUGAUUGAUUGAUUGUGCUUCAGAGUUUUUGAUGUGAGGUUUUGUUGAAAAAAAUAUAGUGUUAGUUUGAUUUUCUUUUUUAAGAAGAGAAAUAAAAUCUUUACACGUAACUUAACCACAUUACCACAUAACUUUACUUAAAAGCUUCUGCCUCCUCCUGCUCCUCUCUGAUCUGGUGUCACAGUUUUGCAAUUGGUCUGUGAGUUAAAAGGACUACAUUACAGUCAGGAGUCACUAAUUAGAGUGAAAGUGAUGUUAUUAACGCACAGAUCCACCUGAAGUCUCAUAACUGCACUGCAUUGAUAAACUCUGACAGGAGGAGGUGGAGGUGUUGAUCAGCUUGUAUCAGGGUGUGGAAUAAAAUAAAGGACAGUUCACACCAAAGACAGAGCAUGAAAAACAGACAUGUCAGAGUCAUAUUUGACUGUUUCCUCCCAUUAAACAUGAAACAAUAUUAAUUCUUGAUCACAAAAACAAAAAAGUACACAAUUUACAAUGUCUCUCUUAAGGGUUGUCAUUAAAUACACUUUUUCUGUUUCUUUGGGCUCUUUUUUUGUGAGUCUUAAAAGUCUUAAAAAACAAGAGCACCGCAGGAAGGCUGACCAUGUUAUUAUUGAGCUGAUGCUGCCUUCUUUGAGAUAAACAAUUUGUUCGUGCCCUGCUGACUAUGAUUUAACCUAUUUUGAAUGCUAAUUCUUAAAAGAUCCAAUUAAAGACCCAGUCGUCAGUUUUGUCUCACUCUAUGCAUCAGAGGGUAAAUUCAACAUUCACACUUGUCAUUUCUCAUAUCCCCCAGCACUAUUAUGCUUCACGCUUGGCUCAAACUUUAAAUGUACAGCCCUUCAAAGUGAAUGUUUUCCAUGCAUUGAAAAGAUAUCUCACUUUUUUAUUUGUAGAGUGGAAAAAAAAAAAUUCAGGGACAUAAUUGUCCAAAAAUGGUUUUAGGAACUGAACACAAGCCCCACAUUCUGUGGUUUAUCAGUACACACAGCCCCUCGGUGAUUACUUCUAUGCUCUGUACUAAUAAACUGUUUUGUUUUGUUUGGUGAUCUAAUGGAUCUAUCAUCUUCAUCCAAGCAGGGCCGUCCUCUGAGUCAUCUGUGGUUGAAUCUAAAGACAGGAAGGCCAAUGCCCACCUUAUCCUAAAGUUGAUGUGUGACAGUGUUGUUCUGAGGCCACACCUUCGGGAGCUACUCUCUGCCAAGUAUGAUUUCUUCAGUGUCACUGUGAUUCUUAAUGAAAUGCUUGCUGUACACCAAAACAAUACACCUUAUUUUUGAAGACAUUGUCCUGAUUAUUCGGCUCUUAACUUUGUCCUCCAUGAUUCAAAGUCCUCCUGAAUGUGAUUGUUUACAGGGAUGCACGGGGCAUGACUCCUUUCAUGUUGGCAGUCAGUGGGAGAGCCUAUCCUGCAGCCAUCACUGUGCUGGAGGCUGCUCAGAAAAUAACGAAGAGUAAGUUAUGGUGUCAUUUGUUCAUUGCCUCAUGCUUGAUUGUUUAAUAGAGACGGCUAAUAACUGAUUAGUCAUAAGUGAUUGGAUUUCAUACCCACUCUUGAAGGUUACUUCUGUGUGGGUAGUAUUCGGUGCAGUAUUCUCUAUGAAGGUGUCUUGUGUUGUCCUUUCUAAUGGAGCACAGGAAAAUGGUUCUCAUUUUUUUAUUAGAUAUUUUAUGGUGUGUUAUUAUAUGUGGUUGGGGAAGAGUUUCAAAUAUGAGGUUAUUCCUAAGUUGGUGAACACUGACUUGUUCUUUUUCUGCUUUAUAAAAGCAAAUUUAAAUUAGUAUUCUCAUGUUGACAUUUUUUUCUAUAAAUUUGUUCGCAGUGGGUGACCCAAGCAUUGCAGACAAGGAAGAUUCGGAUUCUGUGUUCAUGGAAAUGAUUUGUCCCCUGGGGACCAACCCAGAUGAUUCGCCCCUCUAUGUUCUAUGCUGCAAUGACACUUGCAGUUUCACUUGGACUGGAGCGGAGCACAUAAACCAGGUAAGCCUUGAAGCUUCACUCUCUGGAUACAGUUAACCAUGGAGCUCUAAGGUUCAUACUCAACUCUGCUCUCUGUAUAAGUUUGCUGACCUGUGUUGUCCACUGACAGAAUAAAUCACUGGCAUGUCCUCCGCGAUUCUGAACUUGCUUCACUUUUAUUUAUGUAAGAUAUUUACUUUGAAAAAUAUUGGAAGCUAUAGUCUUCACUCUGUGAUCCAGGAACAGUGUGUCUUGAAAUGGGUGGAAAGAAUAAUAGGUCCUCUGCUCCUGCAGCUUGAAAUUUACUGCAGGAAAAUGUGGAUCUGUGGGAGCUGGUCUCCCAUAAUAAAGUUUUUAAAAGCAGUUUGAAAGCAUUGGAGGGAGAUGCACCAGGCUGCAGAUGCUUUUUAUGCUGAUUUCUGUUAUAUGACCCAGAAUGUGUUACCAAACUUUAAAUGCUGUGUUUGUAUAACUUUGUUUGAAUGUUCUGCUGCUGUCUUGGCCAAAACACUCUUGUAAAAGAGAUUUUUAUCCCAAUGAGGCUUUCUGGUUCACUGAAAUAAUAUGAUUAAGAUUAAACAUAAGUAAGGCAUAGGUAUAGUGAGCUGGGAGUAACCAUGGCUUGGAAUUUGGUCUGGAUGAGUGGGAUUUGGACGUGAAGUAGUAGGGUCCUGUCUCACCCUAUGGAGGUUCUUCUGCUUUAAUGACCUGCUCAGUAAUGGAUACCAGUUUUAAUGAGCCAUCAUUACUGAGGUGGUAACUCAGGGUCUUCUGCUGCUUGGUGACUGGGACAACAGCAUAGAUAGGUGAAUUGGAGAUGUUAAUGUGCUGCCCCCACUGACUGUUGAAGAGUCCUUAAUCUGAUUAUUUUAGUUUUACAUACAGGACAGUUCCUUUAAAAAAAGAGCCCGAUGACAUGGUGGAGAAAAAAAGAAAAGUGCUGCUCUGUGAUAAGCUGUUAUUCUAUUGGUUUGUCAGCUAACAAGUUGACAGCUACAUUAAAUACUCACAGUCUAUAGCAUUGGCAUACUUUGUUUUUACCUCUCAGCACAGUUUGCACUCAAACAUCAGAUGUUGUAGGGAAUGUAAGCCAGCCAGGUUAAGAAUAAGAAUAACUUUAUCUUUAUCUUUAUUAUUCUGGUAGUGAAUUUACUAAGUGAACCAUUGUAAUGUUUCAGUGUUAACAGGACUUCCUGGCUCUGUAUCUGAGGUUUUCCUUCUAUCUGACUGUCAGCCCUUUAACACCUCAGCGUCCCAAAUCAUGUUCCUUGAGGAGUCCACUCCAUCUUCGACUUCUCUGACAUAGCCUAUUGUUUCAGCAGUCAGUCUUGCAGUGGUUAACCAUCUACAAAUAGCAGACUGUUGCUAUGAAAUGUUGCUGCAUAGACCAGUCAGAAUCAAAUACUUAACACAGCUGUGCAAAAACAAACACACAGCCUGGCUAACUGCAAUGGCCUCUGGCAGUGCUACCUUUUCUCUCAGCCCAAUUGGUAGCUAAAUAAUUCUGUUUGACACUUUGAUGUUUACCGUUGAAAAUUUGAACUCUGGCAUUUUUCAUCAUAAUGACAUUUUAUUUAGGAUAUCUUUGAAUGUCGGACAUGUGGCCUGCUCGAGUCCCUCUGCUGCUGCACUGAAUGUGCAAGGGUUUGUCACAAAGGACAUGACUGCAAGUAAGUCUUAACUUUGGGUGUGGGCAAGUCUAAGCUUUGAAGAUACCUUAAUACCUUAAAGAUGUCUACAGUUGGUACACAUGAUCAUAAAUUAACGUCUGCUCAUUCUCAGGCUGAAGAGAACCUCCCCUACGGCGUACUGUGACUGUUGGGAAAAGUGUAAGUGUAAAACACUGAUUGCUGGCCAAAAGGCAGCUCGGCUGGAUCUACUCUACAGGUUACUCACAACCACCAACCUGGUCACCACCCCAAACAGCAGGUCAGACCCAUGUUUUUAUUUAAUCUAUUUAUUUUUCUAGCCUUCAACAUCCUUACUUUAUUUAUUUUUCUUAGGUUUGUACUGUAAAUACACGUUUCUUGGAGGAAUUUCACACUAGAUUAGCUUGGAUUAGCUCUGCAUGCCCCUACACACACAGAAAUAACUUAAGACUGUGCAGGCCAAAAAAGGAAGAGUUGUUCCUUACUGAUUUUUUUCCUCUCUGUAGGGGAGAGCAUGUUUUACUGUUCCUGGUGCAGACUGUGGCCAGGCAGAGUGUUGAGCACUGUCAGUACAGACCACCACGCAUCAGAGAGGACAGGAACCGCAAGGCUGCCAAUGCAGAGGGUACGUUCACCAUCAGGCUCACAUAUAAUUCACUUUUUACUUUCUUCUCCGGCUCAAAGUUUGUUUGUUUGUUUUUGGGUUAAUAUUGAAGUGUUUCAGUCAAAUGUAAAAAAACAAUGAUAUUGAAGGCAACAAAAAAGAAACACAGGGACUCUGAUUGGGUUUGACAUGUAACGUACUUUGGUAAUGAUCUACAAAUCAUUGCCUCUUUGGUUGUCUGCCAGAUAAAUUUUCUGGACUGUGUGUUUUUCUUUUUGCAUGAUCAAGUGAUUAAAAUUCUGAUUAAAAUCUAGUACAUUAAUUUCCAAUCCUUUGUUUCAGAAUCUGAUAUGCCAGAUCAUGACUUGGAACCACCCCGCUUUGCUCAGCUGGCUCUGGAGAGAGUCCUGCAGGACUGGAACGCCCUGAAGUCGAUGAUCAUGUUUGGUUCUCAGGAAAACAAAGAUCUGUAAGUAUGACAGCUAAACACCAACCUCUCCUGUUUCUGCUUGGUGUGUCUUAAGACCUUAAAGGGGUUAGUGUCUGGUUGUAGAACAGCAAAAGUGCUCAAGGAGGAAACCUAAUUGGGUCCAAAUCAAAACGAUCUAAAGCAAUAUAAUUCUGUGGCCAAACUACAUUGUGCGUAAACGGCUGCUGUAAAGAUAAGUUUAGACUGGAAAGAUUCAGAAUAAUCAGCAAGUUUACUCGAGAGCCUUGGUGAGUGUCCUUCACAGCACAGUGUGAGGGUCUGUCAUAGGGACGAGCAGAGUGAGGGCAGGGUGAUCGUAAGCUCUCCUAAAGCUGAUAAAUGAAAUGUCAGUGAUGAUACCCGAGAGUGAAGCUCAGCUGUAGUCUAGGUAUACGAAACAUUGAAUGUUAAUUUUUAUUUGUAUUUUUUGAUGGCAGCCUAAUGAAUAAAAACAAACUUGUGUAGUUGUUCAGAGUGUUUUUACCCUUAUAAUCCCUGUGAUACACCAGAUGUUUCUUCAGAUAUGAGCAGGAGUUCUUUUCAGCUGACCUUCAGCUUUUGUCGUCCAAUCACAACUUACAUGUAACUGUUGUUCUUGUCCCUUUCACCUGAAAAUUCACAAUAAGUACUUAAACAGCUAAGUUUGUAAUGCACUCACAGUGCAGUACUGUUGUAUACGUGGGUGUACGUUUGAACUGCAUGUAAUUUAUAUUUGUAACUAUGAUCCAGUCUCACAGAGAGCUUUGUGUCUUCUAACAAACUCUAUAACCAGUUUUGAUGUCUUAAACUUUUAAGUUCAUCCAAAUUUUGGUAAUUGAUAAAUAAGACUCUAAAAUUGAGAUGUUGAUACUUAUGUAAUCACCCUACAUGUACAGUUUCAAUGUUCAUUUUCUCACUGUGGGUCUACAGAUGUAUUACGCACUAAAAAUGCUCUGUGUUCUUACUCAUCCUAGACUUAGUGCCAGUAGCAGAAUUGCUCACCUCCUACCUGAAGAGCAGGUCUACUUGAAUCAACAGAGUGGCAGCAUUCGCCUUGACUGUUUCACCCACUGCCUCAUCGUCAAGUGUGCUCCUGACAUCACCGUAAGUCCUGUUGGUCUUCUAUCCGAGGAAGACAGUGGUUGGUUUCCGUCUUUACUUCUGUGUUUGUGAUAACCAAAAAGAAGAGUCCACAUUAUGUUUUAAUGAUCUCUGAGUCUUUGAGGUCAUCAAGAUGCAAACAAAACUGUACCGUCCAAAUAUUGGUGAUACAUUUUUUGGUAUUUUUAUUAGAGGUGUGCAAUAUUGGCUGAAUAUAGUACCUUGAUAUUUUUGGAGAUUUUGCGGAUAAUGGUGUUGAAUAAUCUUUUGUAUAUCUCAAAAAUCUGUGCAACAGCAAAAAUUUUUUAAAGGAAAUGGAAGUGAAACAUUCUCUGCUUUCUCAAGUUUUUAAAUGCCCACACAGACCCCAGUGCCCCAGUGCCCCAACACAUAUUUAUAAAGGUGUUGUAGAGACAUGAGACCUACCACAGAUAUGAACCAGUCUGCUGCUGACACACUAAAAACGUCUCCAAACUCAGAGCUAUCGCUGAUAUUUGGAAAAUAUGAAGUUGAACGAAUGAUCCCAUCCAAACCAACACAGCUGUGCUAGGGGGAAAGAAAUGGGCAGAGAAGCAAAAAACCUGCUGCGUUAAAGUGAAAAUUCAAACUCAUUUAAUCUCAUUACCAUCAUUACUGCAUGCUAGAUCUGAUGAAAACAGCUCCUGUUUGUUUCCUGAAACUGUUUUCUUUUUGCUCUUUUUUUUGUCCCGGAGUUUGUUUGACGGUAUGGAUGAGGUGUUACAGCUGGAGCUGACUCGUAGAGUUGUACAAUCAGCUGUUUACGCAGUGUAUCUCUCCCGCUCUCUCUUCAGUAACAGCUGUUAGUCAGUUACUGUAACUGUAUGCCCAAAAGCCACAUGCGCUGAAUUGUAACAGUGUUUCUACUAUGCAUAAGCAGGCACUUGCCCAUCUAAGCUGAGGCAUUGUCCAGCAUCAGCACACUCAAUCCAUCAGUCAAGCAAUCUUUUUUUAUACAACGCUAAUUCACAACAAAUGUUGCAGGACAACUUAACAGCAAGAUGGGAUAAGGCCAAGUCCUAUUUUGUAAGAUCCGACCCACUCCCAUCCCUUUUUGAACCACAUGUGAGUAACCUCUGAGUAAGAACCAGAAGUGGAACGAUUUCGCCCCGCCAUCACACCUGACAUUACACGAUGCAGACAAGGUGUAACAUGAUAAUGGAGGGUGAUCCCAAUCGAAUAAAAAUGUAAAGUAAAGGAAGAAGAAGAAAAUAACAAGGUGAUGAAACCGUGACAGCCAAAAAUAAACCGGGGAAACACAUGACUGUAGUCCUGUUUCAUUUACUUUCUGCAAAAUGAGUGGCAUUACAACCAAGAUAAGGAUAUUAUCUCAGAUGAUGCACAUAGCACACCUCUAAUCACUUCGAUUGACACGUUCUUGCUUUUGGUCUUGAGGAAUCUUUUUUGUUUGCUCUCCUACAUUAGUUCAUUGACACCUUACUGGGUACAUUGGUGAAGGAGCUGCAGAACAAGUACAUCCCUGGCCGUCAAGAAGAGGCAGUCAGUGUCACCAGAAGGUUUCUACGUUCUGUAGCUCGGGUUUUUGUCAUCCUGAGCGUGGAGAUGGCCUCAUCCAAGAAAAAAAAGUAAGAACACAUUCAGAGGUUUCAAAUAACUUUAAGACAAAGGUCUUGGAUAUUAAUUGGAAUCAUCAAAUGAAGUACACGUUUGAAAACAGCUUUUAAAGCCUACUAAUGAUACAUCUGUCCUUCUCAAUCCCAUCAAAUAGCAAUUUUAUCCCCCAGCCCAUUGGGAAGUGUCGUCGAGUUUUCCAGGCUCUGUUGCCCUAUGCUGUGGAGGAGCUGUGUAAUGUUGCAGAGUCACUGAUCGUUCCAGUUCGAAUGGGUAUAGCAAGACCCACCGCUCCCUUCACCUUGGCCAGUACCAGUAUUGAUGCUGUUCAGGGUAGUGAAGAGCUUUUUUCUGUGGAACCGCUUCCUCCCAGGCCUUCACCUGACCAGUCCAGCAGGUCAGUUGGUUUCCGUAAAUUUCAGGUUUUUAAUAAUCAUGAUUACUCUCAGAAUUUCUAGUUAGUUGCAGUUUGCUGCUUCCUUUGUGUGUUUUAAAAUUUGCAUUUCAAAACCAUUUCAAAGCAUUUCUAACAAGCGUCAUGAUUUAAAAAUGAAAAAGAUGCAGUUAAAUGUAAUUUAUGUACUUGAUUCUGUAAAACAGAGUGUUGAUCUGUUUGCUUUCCUCACAGAGUGCUUAUUGUUUUUGAAAUACAAGCCAUUUUGGAGAUUUAUUUUUUUGAAGUGAAAUGUAUGACUCAAAAUUACAAUGGUGUCAUAUCCAUCAUGGUAGCAGCAGGAGUGGCAGCUUAUCUUUGAUGCUCUGAAAAAGACAAAUAGCAUGUGAUAAAAGAAGAAUGAAUGUGUUUGUUUUUGACCCUGAUCUCAUACUGACUAACUUGCUAACUCGUUUUGAUCUGAUCUUUGCUCUGAACAAAGUGAGACCUCUUUGGAUGUACAGUUUCUCUCAGAGAAGUUCAUGGAAGGCCACCAUUAAAACAUAUCUCUGUAGGUUCUCAUGUAUCCAGGUCACAGUAAUCCAAGGCUUGUUCCAAAGGGGCAGCUGCACUUGGUUCAAUAUUGACAGUAUCCCAAUGUAAACAAACCUAGCACCUAGAAACAUGUUCAACUCACCCUGGUGACCUUAUAUUUCAUUUUCUUCUAAAAGGACGUAGCUUUUCAAAUGUAGUGGACAAUUUAAAUCUGUGUACAAUUCAAUGAUGCUGGUUUCUCUGUUUAUAUAUUCUUGUUAAGAUUUCUUACUUAUCAGCCCUGGAAAAGCUUCAUUGUUUUGUGCUUGUAUUUUCAGCUCCAGCCAGACAGCUGCCUCUUAUAUCAUCAGGAACCCACAGCCUCGACACAGCAGUCAGUCUCAGCCUGUCAGAGGACGAGAUGAGGAGCAGGACGACAUUGUAUCUGCAGAUGUGGAAGAGGUGGGACUGAAUAUAGCAUGUUUUUUUGUUUUUCGUUAAAGUCUGUGGGAAGUGGAGAAAAGAUGUGGGUUCUGAGAUUUUAAUUUCAAUUAUUAAAAAAAUUGCAAAGUAUAUUAAAGUGUUGUCAAAAUCCUUGAAAAAAUGUUGUUCCAGCUCCAGAGCGCUGGAGGUGUGUUGAUUUAGAGUGCAAAAGCCCUGCCCACCCACUGCUCUCAAGAGUCAAUCAUCUUUACCAUACAGUCUCAGAUACAGUAGUCAACCAAUUGGAUAGGGAGCAGUACAGAGACAGUCUUUGCUGUCUUCGUCUUAAAAUGUGUGUGUUUGGAUGCCUAUCACAUUCCUGGUAUGUCUUUACUGAGCCUUUUUGUGGUCUGUUUUAAAGGUUGAAGUCGUAGAAGGAGUUGCAGGUGAAGAAGACCAUCAUGAUGACCAAGAAGAGCAGGGAGAGGAAAAUGCUGAUGCAGAAGGGCAGCAUGAUGAACAUGAUGAGGAUGGUGAGACAUACAUGCUAUGUAAAGGACAAUUUAAAGGCUUUCUCAUCCUUAUUCAAGAGAGAAUUAUGGGUAGAUACAUAAGACCAUACAAUAACCUGCUCGAGUGACUUCUCUGGUUUCUGUUUUGAAACUCUUUAAAUAACAGUCACUUUCUAUCAGUUAAUGGUGUAGCAGAUGUAUAAAUCACAGCUUGAUCAGGCAUCAAUCACCUACGAUCCAGACAGUAACCAGUUCAUUUAGCAUUGCUGCCCGAAUCAGGCACCUCAGGGUUUAAGCAGCACACCCUCUCCUUUCUCCCAGCCUCAUUUAAAGAUAAGGCAUUUCUCCCUGCACGCAUUCAGCUGGACACUACAGAGAAAUGUGUCAAAAAAAAUUAGGAGGGUGAGAAACAGUCCUGUUGAGGGCUGUUUUUGGUUCUGUGAAUCUCUGCUUCUAAAUCUUGUUUAAGUUAAAUUUGAAUUAACUUUGUAUCACGGUGAUCAGUGAUGUCAAAGUCAGAAGCUGAGGAUCGUGUUCAUGUUUUGAGUUGAUAGGUACUUGAUUCUGAAGCCCAAGCCAACACUGAUUUUGGCAUUUUUUCCUUAUUUCAUCUUCAAGGAAGUGACAUGGAGCUGGACCUACUGGCUGCAGCUGAAACCGAGAGUGACAGCGAAAGCAAUCACAGCAAUCAGGAUAACGCCAGCGGCCGUAGGAGUGUCGUCACAGCAGCAACUGCUGGCUCAGAAGCAGGUAUGUAAAGAGACGACAUGUUUAAUUUUUUUGUCUCUUUUUGGGCUGUUUGAUCCUUCUUAAAGCAAUUUGUGUGUGUGUGAGUGUGUGGAAAAUCAUCCUGUAUUAUCAGGCCUCCGUAAACCAAAAGAAUCUGAAGCGCUCCAACUGCUCUUUACAUAGAGAUAGAUUGUCCUGCUCUUUGCUCUGCACUGCACUUUUUAAAAUCACAAAUACAGAGCGGUUCUGACCCCUGAAGUUAUAAAUGUUUGACAGUCAGCAUUUGGCUUGUGAGAAUUGACGGUUUUUAACAGAGAGGCACUGAUACAGGAAAACCCAUCCCUGGCUGAACACCCAAUGUAUUUCAUUUGCAGGCAGUAGGGUGUCCUUGGCUUUUCCUAUUUUUGGUAUGAGCACCUCUUUACUUAAAUGCAUACACAGAUAUCAGGGCAAGAGUGAAUUGAAAACUGCAUACAGUGUCCUGGUGAAAGUUAGUUUCUUUUCUCACAUUUUACUGUUAUUGAGUUUGCCAUUUUUAACUUCAACUGUUCUCAUCACAAGUUCAGCCUUGUUUUUUUUCUUCACCUUAUUAACAUACUAAUAAACGUCGAGCUUUUCCACAUGGUGUGCUGUUUUUCGUCUGUGGUCAUCUAUAGUGCCUGUGUUAACUAUUGAUGAACAUGGUACAUUUCAAACUUUCCUGUAAACAGAUAAAUUGCUUGUCUUUCUCCCGUACAAAGUUUCUGAUAAUCCUCUAAAUUUGGCAAAAGUUAAUGAAGAGAGUGUAGCAGUUUUAAUGACUCAAAGCCUCAGUGUCUCACUGUGGGGCAAGUUUUUUUGGGUGUUGUAGUGGUGUGAUGCACUAACCAGCACUGCUGAUUGGAUGAAUCUGAUUUUAAAAAGUUAACUGCUCUGUUCCUUAUUCUGCUCUCCUGUGAAGGUGCCAGCAGUGUUCCUGCCUUCUUUUCAGAGGACGACUCCCAGUCUAAUGAUUCUAGUGACUCAGACAGUAGCAGUAGUCAGAGCGAUGAUGUCGAUCACGAAACGUUCCUAUUGGAUGAGCCCCUGGAAAGGACAACUAGCACUUCUCACAGCAACAGUGCCGCCCAGGCUCCUCGGUCCAUGCAGUGGGCUGUUAGAAACACCCCCAGCCAGAGGGCCACUGGAAAUGCUCCCUCCAGCUCCUCAACACCAGCCUGUCAGUGGUUUUGUUUCUGUGUCUUGAAUUUUUGGAUGAAAUGUACAAUUGUGUUUUUUUUAGUAAUCGUCUCAAAAUUGCUCUAACUCUCCUAAUGCUAUGCUAUUUUUCUUUUCCACAGCAAGCUCUACAGGCCUGAUAUAUAUUGACCCCACCAACCUUCGGCGCUCCAGUGCAAUUAGCUCCAGUGCAGCAGCGGCAGCAGCGGCUCUCGAGGCCAACAAUGCGAGCAGCUAUCUGACAUCUGCCAGCAGCCUGGCCCGAGCCUACAGCAUUGUUAUCAGGCAAAUAUCAGACCUCAUGAGUCUGAUUCCCAAGUACAAUCAUCUGGUCUACACUCAGUACCCUGCUUCUGUUAAACUUACCUACCAAGAUGCAGUAAACCUACAGGUGAGAUAUUCUGCAGCUUCUGCUUUAAAACACAAGAGUGGACCUUUUCUUUCAUGUCCUCAUGUCAAAUAGAAAAGAAUUAUGGUUAAUGCAUUUUUUAAGCAGUUGAUAUUUAAACUAUCAAGCAUUUGACUACAGUCCAUCCUCUAAGAGUUGGACGGUCAGUUUUAUACCAUAUCAUGUUGUGAAGGUUUUUUGUACAAGCAGCUAACUGUGUUACGCAGACACUAGCCCUCUGUCAUAGCAAAAUACCUAAAAAUAUGUGAGUUGCUGAAAUUGGCAUUACUUGUCUACUUAGAGCUAGAGCUUGUAGAUGAAUGGUGUGUGCUCCACAUGAAAACCUUAAUCCACCGGUGAUAUUGAAAGAUGACUGUUUUUUUUUUCAUUUGUCUAACUAGAACUAUGUUGAAGAAAAACUCAUUCCCACAUGGAACUGGAUGGUGUCCAUCAUGGAUUCUACAGAAGCUCAGUUAAGAUACGGCUCAGCCCUGGCCUCUGCUGGGGAUCCAGGUCACCCCAGUCACCCACUACAUGCAUCCCAGCACUCAGCUCGCAGGGAGCGUAUGACUGCUCGGGAGGAAGCCAGCCUCCGCACCCUUGAGGGUCGCAGGUAAAGACAAGUACUUUGACAGAAAAACAGUUUGAAGUAUUUAUCUUUUGCACACUCAUUAGUCUGAUGAGUUAAAACAGUUUUGAAAGCACCUGAGUUUUAGGAAAUGCAAAACGAACAACAUCUUAAAACAGACCCACACCUUUUCACAGCCCCUCUCUUAUUGUUAUUAUUUCACCUCACAAGAUCAUUAUGAAUAAUGAUUCAUGCUGGCAGAACUAUAUCAGCUAACUUUGUGCAUGUAUGGGAUUUUUGUUUGUUGCAGGAGAGCAGCUACUCUACUGUCAGCUCGCCAUGGGAUGAUGUCAGCACGAGGCGACUUCCUGAAUUACGCCCUGUCGUUGAUGCGCUCCCAUAAUGAUGAGCACUCAGAUGUGCUUCCUGUGCUGGAUGUGUGCUCUCUUAAACAUGUAGCAUAUGUAUUCCAGGCUCUUAUUUACUGGAUUAAGGCCAUGAACCAGCAGACCAAUUUGGACAACCCCCAAAUGGAAAGAAAAAGGUGAACUUAUUUCUGUCUUCGUGAUACUAACCUGAGAGAUGACCUGAGCCUUUUUGCUUUCAGGAUCAUAAAAAUAAGGAGGAAAAAGAAAACACAGUUGGUUAUUCUGCACCUUCUUAUUGAUAGAUGGUUAGGUUUUGACUUAAUAGAUUAUAAACUUGCAGAAAAAAGCUACUGAAAUGACAUCCUGGUUUUACACGAUUGUGUCGCUGGUCUUUUAUAUCGACCACUAAGCUUGUUACUUGUUAGAGCAUUUGAUCAAACCCGGUUAAACAUUCAUUUGAACACUUUUUGAGAUCCACUUUUAACCCCAAUGAUGUGUUUUUGAGUGGUUAUGACACUGCCCAGGUGAACCUGCCUCAACUUCAAACCUCAUAGAUUUGAAUAAUAUCACAGUGCACUGAGAACUGCAUGAACUGUGAUAUAACUUUAUUGUCUGCUCUAAAAGAAAACAGAAAUUCAUCUUUGCAUGAAGGAGUGGUGCAGGGGAAGGGGUCCUCAGCGAUGAGGGGGGGGCUUUCCUAACCAGUGAGCGUCUGUACAGUUCAGUCAGACUGUUAAAACAUCUUUCCUCUCUGUCACACUCAGACACAAGUUGGUUAUCCCAUUACAGGCAAGGACUCUCCUGCAUCUGGGUCAUAGUGUAGUUUCAGCCUGAUCAACUUUGAAAAACACAGCUGCAGUUGAAAAAUUAACCUGUUUGAAUGAUCAUCUGGUGUUUUACACAUUAUUGCAUCAUUUCAUGUACAGUUGUACACAUGGAUGCAGUUUGCCUCAAAUGUGUGAGGAAAGGGGACUGCCCUUCAUGGCGGACUUGACUCUGAACAGUUCUAUAAGUUCAUUAUGAACCAAACUUUUAUAUUUGACAGGUAUUGCUUCCAGAGGAAAGUGCUGCUUGCUUGGGUUUUUGAUGUUUUGUUGUUGGUAAAAGGAGCUGCUUUACUUGCUACUGUGGCCCAGCUGUCCUGUACUGCGCAGGAUUACAAUUGAGCUCCCUCCCCACUGGCCUGAACUUUCUGCACCAGACUCCUUGGCAUGAUUACGGACAUCAGAAAAAGUCACUUACAUGUCAUUUCUUUGUUGCAGAGUUAAGGGUAGACUUUGAUUGAAAGUUUUAUGUGUUAUUAAACAACCCAUUUUCCAUACUGUGAAUUAUCUUGAGAGAGGUGGAUAAAGGCAUUGAAAUGAUUUCUAUAACUUUGUAACGUCUUUAAAUCCAGUCCUCCUCAUGUCUCCCGUCAGUCAGUGUAGAGUAAAUUUCUCUUGAUCCUGGUCAGCUGAUUGGAGACAGUGAUAAAGAGUCGUGCUGCAUUUGUGUUCACAAGGGCAACCUAAAACACAAUUAAAAUUCCUUAAUAGAUGUUUACGCUCUCUGCAGGAACCGUGAGAUUUUAGAGCUGGGCUUGGAAAAUGAGGAUUCUGAGCAUGAGAAUGAUGAGGACACCAACCAAAGUAAGAGGGACGAUCAAAAAAAAUCAUAUCAAAGGUGAUGUAUGAUGAUUAUUCACAACUUUAUUUAUGAUUUCAUUUCCCUCUUCACCCCAGGUUCCACUCUGCAAGACAAGGAUGAUGACCCGGUUCCUGCUGAAACGGGUCAGAACCACCCUUUCUUCCGUCGCUCUGACUCCAUGACCUUCCUUGGUUGUAUCCCACCGAAUCCCUUCGAUGUUCCUCUGGCUGAAGCCAUUCCUCUGGCUGACCAGCCCCAUCUCCUGCAGGUUAGAGUUGCAGCUCAGCACUUAUUAAAGGUUUCCCUGGAACAUUCAAGAUCAAUCAAUUCAAAGUUCAUGAUCAAAGUGCAGGCCAGAUGCAGGUCUCAAUAGUCCUGAAUCUGGAGAAAAAGGCCCCUAUCUCACCAGGUCAGAACCAAAACAGCUUUGAGCAGAUGACACAGACUCUCCUGGACCAUCGAAGGCGUGCUGUAAGCAGCAGAUCCUUUGGGUUUGAGAGGAUGUUAGUCUGGGCCUCCAUGGAUUGAACUUGGUUGUCCGGCAUGUUCCACAGAUACGUGGUUGAAUUGGGACUAAGAUGACACCUUAACAUGUUAUUCUGUGGUCUAGUUGGUCUAGUGCUGAUCACAUCCAGGUAUUUUCAGUAGUAGACCACAGUCAGUGUGAGCACCCUGAGUGGUCUGCAGCCCCAAACGUGACAAAUGGUGUUGCUCUGUGUGUCUAUCAAAGCCAGUAUAACCUUUUCAGGAGUCUGAGCUCUUGUAGCUUCUCUGGAUCAGGUCACACAAGCCAGACUUCAGUCUCCACACACAUCAAUGAGCCUUGGUCUGCCUUUGACCCUGUUGUUGGUUCCCAUCUUACACUUGCCCAUUUUCCUGUGUCCAACACCUAAAUUUCAGGAUCAAAAUUUUUCCCUGCCAGUGGGUUUCUAUAACGUGUCUUCAGAAAGUUGGAGAGCUCCUUCAAAGGAAAAGGAGCACCCUGCCCACAAUGCCCCUGGGGCUGUAUUACUAAUACUGUGAACAGCAGUAUUAGAAGUUAUCUGUCAUGUUACAAAAACAAAUCCCUUGCUGUUUUCUCCUAUGAGAUUUGUUUAGAAAUGUCUACCUGAUUUAUUUGGUCCAUGUCUCCAAGGGUCCUAGUUCACCAAAUCCCUCCCAGAGACUUCUCCUCUUAUAUGUCAGAGUUGGUAAGACACAGGAAGCCUUAACCCUGAAAAGUUGACUUGUUUGAAAGAACUCAGAGUGUGACCAUUGUAAAUUGCAUAUUUUCCUCAGGAAACUGUUAAUGGUUUUCCACUACCGUGUUAAUUCUCUAAAGAUGUGCAUACACUGCGAGACCUGUCCUAAAUGCACGAAAUCAGUGAUAUUCAGUCAAUCAAACUCUGCAGCAGGAGAUGUCAUGAUUUAUGCUCCUCUUGUGAGCAGGUGUGGUGUAUCCCUGUUAAAUCUUUAGAAAAGAAAAGCCCCAAAAUGUUAAAACUUUUCUUUGUAGAUGGAUUUUUUUUAUCCGUGACAAACUCAACCUAACUGUUCAUAUCCUCUUGACAGCCUAAUGCCAGGAAGGAGGAUCUGUUUGGUCGUCCCUCUCAGGGUUUGUACUCUUCCUCCUACAUGGCAACCAAAGGUCUGGCUGAAGCAAGCAUGGACAGGAACUGCCUGGAGGUAAACAUGGGCUCCUCUCUACCCUCCCCCACUCAGGUAUAUCACCCCUCAACAACCGACACUCAAGCUGGCAGCUGUGUUCUAAUAUCCACUUCAGACAAACACCACCAAGUGAAUACGGUUCAAAUGAAACGAAUUCAGGAUCCAUCAUUUCCUCCAAAUUUUUUCUUGUAGUACUGAGAGCAUUUCAAGUAAUGGACAGUGAGAAAUCAAGAACACGGUUGUUGUUUUGAGUUGACCUGUGGAUAUUGGAACAUUGAAUCUGUUCUGUGCCUGAUUUCCAAAUAUCUCCUCUUGCAUUACCACACUGGCAUCACUAGAAAAAAGUUUGUGGUGCUAAAUAACAUCUGAACCCUGCCAAAUCAGAUCCUGCCCACUAAGAUGUCCUACUCAGCCAACCUGAAAAAUGUGAUGAGUAUGGAUACCAGUCAGGGGAACACGAGGAACCAAUCACUCGCAGAGCAGGAGCUGGGAGCUUCAAAACAAGGCCCAUCACCCCAUGACCUCGCCGCUCAGCUGAAGAGUAGUCUUCUAGCUGAGAUCGGACUCACUGAGAGCGAUGGCCCCCCCCUCCCGUCAUUCAGGUACCUUAUAGAAGUCUGAGUCUGUGAUACUGGCUUCUCUUCAGUGUACAUGAGUGCCUCACUGACAUUAUGUCUUUCAUUCUUAUGGUUUUGCUGUCAUUGGGGGCGUCAAAGAAAGUGCCUGGACAUUUAAAUGUAUUGUUGGGCUUCCAAAGAAAUAGUCUAACUUUUUACAAGAAUGUCAAGAUUGUUGGUUAGUGUACCACCUGGCACUGUUUGUACACUGAACAGCACAUUUGCCCUAUCAUCUCUCUGGAUCUGUUUUACCACCUACAUUAUGACAGUCACUUGUGAGUCUGUUUUCUUAAAGGAGGGUCUUUGUACCUUAUUCCCCUUCUUCAAUACCAAGGUAGCGAUUCAUUCUCCAUUUAGAUUCUCUCUUUUUCCUACUGCUCCACUGCUGUCCUCUUUUUAUUGACUCAUGAAAUGGUGGACGCUGCAAGGAUCUUGAAAAGUAAUCUUGAUUGUUACCUUUAGGAUCAUUUUUAUCAUAACAUAUAUACACUACAGGCCAAAAGUUUGGAAACAAGCCAUUACAGGCCGAACAGUUGGGAGUAACUUCAAGUUUUUGUUCACAAUGCUUUUUUUAAAAUCCAGCAUGAUUUGUAUGUAUUUUGGGAUGUAUUUACUCCAUGAUCAGAUGUUGCUUUCAUGGAAAUGCACCAUUUUACUCCAUUUACCUUUAGAUAUACAUUGAUGUUAACAGGAUAUUGCUAAAUAUUUGUCAGCAAAAGAAAGUAAGGGCUAAGUUUUAGGGUUGAAAACAUUUGCGAGAGUCACAACUUCAGUGCAAAAGCAAAAAAACAAAUCACAGUUGGAUUAUUCACUUCAAUUUUUUUGGCUUUUGAGAGCCUGCAUACAAAAAUCCUAAUAAAUCUCAACUGCAUUCAAACUACCGCAGAAAUGGCUAGAAAGAAGCAACUGAGUAAAGAAACAAAAGUACAGAUUUGUACAUGAAGAAAAGAAGGAUACACAGAAAGAGAAAAUUGCAAAAUGCCUAAAGGUGUUUAACAAAGGAGUCCACUACACUCUGAAGAGACUAGAGGAACCUGGAAGUUAUGAUGAUAGAAAAAGGCCAGGAAGAAAGAGAGUUACUACAAAAGCAGAGGAUAAACAUACUAUUGUCACCAGUAAGAGAGAUCAGCAAAAGACAGCACCAAAAAUAAGGGAGGAAAUCAACAUGACAAGGUCGAAACCCAUAUCUCUGACAACGGUGAAAAGACGUUUGAGAAAGGCUGGUCUGAAGGGUUGUGUAUCUGCAAAAAAACACUACUUCAUCCACAGAACAAGAAAAAGAGAUAUGAGUGGGCAAAAGCUCACAAAAAGUGGAUUUAUGAUGACUAGAAACAAGUUCUCUGGACUGAUGAAAGCAAGUUUGUACUUUUUGGUUCAAAACGCAGAGUCUAUGUCUGCAGACAACCUCGUGAACAUCUGAAAGCACCAUGUGUUACACCCACAAUUAAGCAAGGAGGUGGUAGUUCCAUGGUAUGGGGACGUUUUGCAGGUGAUGGAGUAGGAGAUUUGUUUGAAGUAAAAGGUAUCAUGAAGAGGGAACAGUACCACUCCAUCCUCCAGCACCAUGCUGUUCCAUCUGGACUCAGACUUGUGGCUCAUAAGUUUGUUUUGCAGCAAGACAAUGACCCUAAGCACUCUGCCAAGCUCUGUCAGGGUUACCUAGACAAAAAAGAAGAGGAAGGUGUUCUUCAAAAGAUGGUUUGGCCCCCUCAGUCUGCAGACCUUUCUCUAAUUGAGCUUGUGCGGGAUGAAUUGGAUUGAUCGGUCAGAAAGAAUGAACUUAAGAAAGCUUGGAAUGCAAUCCCUGGAACAUACCUUAAAAAACUUGGGGAACGAAUGCCUGGUAUAUGCCAAGCUGUUGUUAAAGCCAGAGGAGGUUAUUUUAAAGAAAGCAAAGUCUAAGCAACAAUAACUCAAAUACCUAAUAAUUAUAGUCAAAAUGUCUUCUGAUAAGUUACUCUCUACACAAUAGUCAUGUUUAUUGUGUUGCAAAUUAUAUAUAUGAAACUAUGAUCGUUAUUGUACAAAUCUGAUCUUGCUUCCAAACUUUUGGCCUGUAGUGUAGAUAUUUGUAAUUAACCACGGUACAAACCCAAAGUUUGUUGGGUAAAGUUUUCUCACUGAUUUCAUGUACAUAUGGUUCAGUGGUGAGAUAAGAUCCAUUACGCCACAUAUAACAGCAGCUUUAAUUUUAAAAUACUGAGGGAUUUUAUUAAGUUAUCCUGUAAAGACAUUUACAAAUUCUUGUUGAAGUCACAAUGAAUGUCUAGGACUGUUAUCGGACUGAGUGCCCCUCUCUCUUCUUUUUGUCCAGACCUCAGUGCAGCUUCAUGGGGAUGAUGAUCUCGCACGACAUGCUGCUUGGCCGCUGGCGUUUGUCACUGGAGCUCUUUGGUCGUGUCUUUAUGGAGGAUGUCGGGGCUGAGCCUGGAUCGGUACGGUUUAUUCUGAGUAUUUCUUCAAAGUUUUGGUUUGUGCUGGUUCUGGCAUCCUCUGUGCAUGUAAAAAUAAUCUUUUCAGACCAAAACCUCAUGCUAUUAUCUUUUGAUGGUGAAUUUUCACUUACUGUAAGUAUUAAUAACAACAUAUUUUAUAAAGGCCCUUUCUUCAGCCUGCUGUCAAUCGUCUGUGUGAACCCACCCCCUCACAGAGAUUUCAGGCAUUCAGAAUUACAACAGAUAGAUGAUCAGACUUGUUGCUUUUGAAGGUCAUAAAGAGGUACCAGUAUCAAACUCCUCAAAGUCCCCUCAACUCAGCACUCACCUUUAUUUUGAUGCAUUGUUAAAUGCUGAUGGUGAGAUGGUUUGAGUCUGAUGUACUGUAUAUAUCACACUGUCACACUGUAUUAAGUGAAUAUAAUGCGCAUCAGUAGACGUGGAGAUUGGACCAAUACUUGUCUCUGUGGUUGAUUGUAGAUACUCACUGAGCUCGGGGGUUUUGAGGUGAAGGAAUCAAAGUUCCGUCGGGAGAUGGAGAAGCUGAGAAACCUGCAGUCCCGUGACCUAGCUCUUGAGGUGGACAGGGACCGUGACCAGCUUAUACAGCAGACCAUGCGUCAGCUAAAUACUCACUUUGGUAGACGCUGUACUACAACACCCAUGGCUGUCCACCGGGUGAAAGUCACCUUCAAAGAUGAACCGGGCGAGGGAAGCGGAGUGGCACGCAGCUUCUACACAGCCAUUGCUCUGGCCCUCCUCUCCAACGAUAAGUUGCCCAAUCUGGACUGUGUUCAGAGUGUCAGCAAGGGCAUGCAAGCCAGCAGUACGUGUCACACACAUGCAUGACACAGCACAGAAACCACAAUGUGUAGAUGAACUUUUUUACUGCUGCAUUCAGUCAUUCUUUUAUGACGCUUAAACCAGAUCAGACCAACAAUUGAAAUUCUCAGCAAAUGUGUGGACAUGUGUGAACUCCUAAACUGUUCUUUGUGUCUGUAGAUCUGAUGCAGCGCUUAAGAAACAGAGACAGGGAACGAGAGAGGAGAAGUGGAGGGCUACGGGCUGGCUCUCGGAGAGACCGUGACAGGUAAAUGCAGAUGGAAAAUUUAAAUCUUUGUACACAGUAAACCAAAAAGCUCUGUUUGUCACUGAGACAGAACCUGUAUUUUACAGAGACUCAAGGAGGCAGCUUUCCAUAGACACCAGGCCUUUCAGGCCCUCAUCAGAAGGAAACCCCAGCGAGGAACCUGACCCGCUUCCUGCUCAUAGACAAGCCCUUGGCGAAAGGCUCUACCCACGGGUUCAUGCAAUGCAGCCAGUAAUAAUCUUUUUUCAUCUCUUUGCGCCUUAUGUUUGCAUAACAGAUUUUUAGUAGUACAUAAGAGAAGGUUUCCUUGAUUGACAGCCAAAAGACCCGCUCACAUUUUAACAACAAGAUGAGGGAGUUUGUUACACACAGAGAGCCUGACCUGAACCUCGCUGUGACCAGCAGCAGCAGUUUCCAAAGGAUCUGAAACACGCUUUAACUGUCUUUGAUAAAUAAGCAUUACUACUGCAAAGUCCAAAUGUAACCAUGACAGUUUCAUUGUAAUCAGAUAAGCUGCACUUGUUUGUCCUCAGGCAUUUGCCAGUAAAAUCACAGGCAUGUUACUGGAGCUGUCACCUGCCCAGCUGCUGUUGCUGCUGGCCAGUGAAGAUUCACUCAGAGCACGAGUAGAGGAGGCCAUGGAACUUCUCAUCGCACAUGGCAGGUAAGGUGAACUCAGACAGGCAAAACUGCUGAUCAGGGAGACGCCCACAGGAUCUUUUAGUUUAUGUAUUUCAGAUCUUCAAAGUUUAAUUCAGUAUUCUCAAAAUGAGGCUUUAAAAGUAUAAAAUCCAGUUUGAAAAGUCUGAAACAAAGCUCUUGACUUUCUCUUAGUCUUGGGUAGGUUAUGGCACAUGGCAGCUGGCUCAGUGGGAGUGUAGUCUGCAGCCAAGCAGACCAGUCAUGGGGCUGGUGGUGUGUGUUGUUCGACACAAAGUUGCAUGUUUCUGCAGGUGUCGGGGGUUCAUGGCUAUGACCCAGAAGCAUUAACUAGGCUUAAGACCCCCAUUGGGUGACAGACUCUGCUGUUACAACAGUACAGGUUCUGAUAGCUUACCGGAAGCAUUAGCAUUAGCUCUCUACAGUGGGGCAUGCUGAACGCCACCACUGAUCAGCUGUCAGGAGACAAAACUUAAUGUCCUGUCUUGUGUUUUUCAUUCAUAUCGAAGUAUUUGAGCUUCAAUAUUAAUACCUCUGUCUUCUUUAGGGAAAAUGGUGCUGACAGCAUACUGGACCUGGGUCUCCUGGAAGCCCCAGAGAAAGCACAAGUAAGUCUCAGAUGUCACUCUAUAUUUGAUGCUUGCAGAUGUUUUUGUGAAAGAUCCCUUUGACACAGUGACUCGGAUCUUCUUCAAUUUAAGAUGACAUGAGAACUUCUAUAAGAAACUCACCUAUACAGCCCACCUUGACCUACCUCACUGUCCCCCUCUCCUACAUCUUUGUGCUUGUAGCAAGAGAGCCGUAAGCGACAUGGUUCAACCCGCAGUGUGGUUGACAUGGAGCUGGAUGACCCGGAUGAUGGAGACGACAACGCUCCUCUCUUCUACCAGCCUGGCAAAAGAGGCUUCUACUCCCCUCGCCCCGGCAAGAACACAGAAGCCAGGCUGAACUGCUUCCGCAACAUCGGCAGGUUGUGAAUUUCCUUCAUGUUUUGUUAUUCGCAAAGAAAAGUGUGUUUCCUGUAGAUAUUUAUGUUAAAAGGACAGGUCACUCUAAUGAAAAGCUUCCUGCAGAGCUCCUCAAUGUUCUUUUUGAAAUGCUCUGUAAUGACACUGUGAAAGUAGCUAAAUGUUUUCUGAAAUCCAACAGAAUAUUGGGGUUAUGUCUGCUUCAGAAUGAGCUCUGUCCAAUCACGCUGAACAGACAUGUCAUCAAAGUGCUGCUUGGGAGGAAGGUAAAAAAGACAAUCCCUCUUUUAAAUGUAUAUUUGUACACUCUGAGUUGCUGCUUAUAUUCAGAAUAUUAUCUUCUCUUGCAGGUGAACUGGCAUGACUUUGCCUUCUUUGACCCAGUCAUGUAUGAGAGCUUGCGGCAGCUCAUCCGCCAUUCUCAGACAGGUGAAGCCGAGGCAGUCUUCACCGCCAUGGACCUGGCAUUUGCAAUUGACCUGUGUAAAGAGGAGGGAGCUGGGCAGGUAACAGAAGCCCCACUGUUGAGCUGGCUCUGAUAUUUCAACUAGACUUCCUGGCCAAGUGUUGGUCUAACACAGAGUUGAUGACUGUGUAAUGAAACUACAGUUUAGGAAAAGCAUUGCAGUAAUACCGUUGAAGCCUGAACAUUGUCAGCUGUUGAAACAACGAAUAGGCUACUUCCAAAUGUUGGUCUGUCUGGGCAGACGCUGAGCAGGCUGAACAUCCAGCAGAGAGCAAGGAGGAAGUGUUUGUUUCAGGGCUCAGGGGGAAUUCCUGUGCAUCUCUGUGACCAGCCUUUGGUUAUUUGCACUACAAACAGCCGUGUGAGGGACCGGUGGGUCUAAAGCGGAAAGAAGCUACUCCACCAGACUAUUUAUCUUUGCAAGUUACAGAUAAACAGCUGCAGCUCAAAAAAUGAGGCUGUCCUGAAAAAGUUUAGAUUUUCCCAUAAUUUAACUCAGAAAGUGAAACCUCCCGAUUUUCUAGAUUCAAGAAACAAAGUAAAAUAUUUUAAAACUUUUUUUAAAAUGUGAUGAUUAUAGCUUACAGCUGAUUCAAUUCAAAACUCCACUGUCAAAUUAUUAAAAUAUUAUAAAACACCAAUCCAAAAAAGGAUUUAUGACACAAGAAUGUGGCCCUUUGUGUAAAUGAUGUUGUUCAGUGAUAUAAUCACACUGUAACUGAAGUGUUUGUUCUCUCUGGUUCAGGUGGAGCUCCUGUCUGGUGGGGUCAACAUGCCCGUCACUCCUCUGAACGUGUACGAGUAUGUCAGGAAGUAUGCAGAGCACAGGAUGCUGGUGGUGGCAGAACAGCCUCUCCAUGUAAGUUAAACACUUUGAGGACACACACACACACACACCACACACACACCCUUUGAGCUACAGAUAUCUCAUGUGCCGUUGAGUUGUGUGUCACCAGAGUGUAUCCACCUAGACUGCUUUCCCUUUGUGGUUCAUAGGCGAUGAGGAAAGGUUUACUGGAUGUACUUCCAAAGAACGCUCUGGAGGACCUGACAGCAGAGGACUUCAGGCUGCUUGUUAACGGCUGUGGAGAAGUCAAUGUCCAGAUGCUUAUCAGCUUCACCUCCUUCAAUGAUGAAUCUGGUAUUAAGCUCUGUCUGUUAGCUGUCUCUCUUUGUGUCCAUUAUUUAAUUUGAUCUUGAAUGACCUGCCUAAAAAUCUGCUUAAGAGAAUUUCCCUGUAACAAGUUUGUAUUUUAUCCAUUAGGAGAGAAUGCAGACAAGCUACUGCAGUUUAAACGCUGGUUCUGGUCUAUAGUGGAGAAGAUGAGCAUGACUGAAAGACAAGACCUGGUAAGUCACUUCUCAUAAAGAUUGUACACUGAAAACUAAACAGUUACUGUGAGCUUUCACAACUGCUUUUGUCAAAGAUGCACUGUAAGAGGCUCAGAUUAACAUAAACACCCCAUUCAAAACACGUUCAACUGUUUCUCUGAAGUUGAUUGUUUUUCAAUUGAGUAAAAGUUGUAAGUAAUCAUUUAUUUCAGACCAUAUAUGGCAAGGUGCACAAAAGUGAGUAUUUUAUUUAGACUCAGUGUGAGAUCUCUACAGCCGGGUUAACCUAAUAUAAAAAAGAGUACCCAAAUAAACACAGGCAUGUGCAGCUUUGCUAAACAGGCCUCCUGAAGGAAAACACAGUGCAAAGAUGCUUUACUGAAAGACCUCACUGCAGCCUUUCAGACUCUGGUGGUGGCGUAGACAGAGCAGACCUAAAUACACUGUAUGGUCUGGGUGGUAAUGUUGUGUAUUGCUGAGUGAUUUAAAGUGAGAGCUUAUGGCUGCCAAGUGUGGCAUUUGAGGACCCUGGGAAAUGCACACACCCCAGGCAGCAUUAAGUUAUUAAGGAUGCGCUUUGAUUAAAACACUGAUCUGGGCUUUAUCAUAACAGAACAACAGUUUUUAUGAGGGGUCACGAAAACAGAGUAUGUAGGUAUGCAUGUGGUCUUAUGAUGACAUUGUUUUUUAUUGAUCAAUAACUAAAUAAUAACAAAUACAUCUAUGGUUGAGCAAGUUGUGGCAGAGUCAGUCAGAAGAGAAGAGAAAGCUGUGUUAUAGAAACACUGACUGUAAUAGAUCUGACUGAAUAUGGGGUGGUGCAGGGUUGUAGGUAUGCCCCAUUGUGGACUUACGGUUGGGGUUUACAAAACCUUAUAUUUACUACAGAAAACUCUUUUAGCUGUUUGAACUUAAAUACAAGUGACAAUUCUGAGAGGUUUGAGAAAAUACUUUGGAAAAGUUAUCUCUCUCUCUGUUUACACUCUGGCUUUUUGACCCUCACUCAUCUGUUCAACUUAGUGCAGUUCUCUUCCUGGGCCAAUAGAAAGAGUGAAUUAUGCUUCUGUGCCCUCAGGUGUAUUUCUGGACCUCCAGCCCAUCUCUACCAGCCAGUGAGGAGGGCUUCCAGCCAAUGCCCUCCAUCACCAUCAGGCCUCCAGAUGACCAGCACCUUCCCACAGCCAAUACCUGCAUCUCACGCCUUUACGUGCCACUCUACUCUUCAAAACAGAUACUUAAACAGAAGCUCCUGCUAGCCAUUAAGACCAAGAAUUUUGGUUUUGUGUAGAGGUUUGUCAAUUUAAAAAAAAUAAAAAUAUGUUUACUGUUGUGAAAUAUUUACCUAGCUUAAUUUUGUAGAUUUAUUUUCUGUCCCUAUACAGUUUUAUUAAAUUUGAAAUACCGUUCCUCUCUCUCCCCAGGCUGUAAUAUUUUUUUGUGUUUUGAACACAAACACCUUGUUAUUUUUUAUUUUUUUUGUUGUUUUUCUUUUUUUUUUUUAAAUUUUGUUGAUGAAGAAGUUUCCAGUCCUCAACAUUCCUCCAUCUGCACUGUAAAAUAAAAAGCCCGCAGCCCUGCUCUGAUGGCUCAAACCUUUGCUUCCCAGAUAAGUGGUUCGACAAAGGGCUGUCAGCCGAAACCCAGCCAAAGAUGACAGCGGUUGAAGUAUUUAAAAGGAGGAAAGACACACUGUGACUUUAAGUUAUCCCCUUCUAUAAACAAGUACUAUCAUUGACAGUUCACUGCUGCCUUGUGGAAAGUUUGUUUUUGUUGUACAGGGGGAGUAGAAAAUUUCACAAUAAAGGUGGAUGCAAAAAGUGUUUUUAGA